AUUUCUCCUUGUUCAUCACUACGACAGGCAGAGCCGAAGGCAGGACUCGUAUCCUCUGUGUACUACAUCAUAUUCACUAAUUGCUCCAUCUGUGGGCUGUUGAUUUGCUUGUUUUACAAACCCACCAAUAGCUGCACCAUUUAGCAGAUGGGCGCGUGCGGCCAGCAGCAGCAGCAGCAGCAGCAGCUAGCUCACUUCUAGCCGCUCCUACUUCACUGACUAGUUUUCUAAGUUGGAGAAAUAAACUUCAGAGACACACAAGCGGAGGAUAAGGACACUUUUUCUGAGUGUUGUCUCUACAUACGGACCUCUCAGCUGGUUAUCACCUUAUUUCAGGUUAAAUUUGUCGUUUUCCUGCAUGUAAAAGGGGGAGGAAAAGGAGGUGGACCCACGCUCAGCCGCCGGUCUCGUGGCUUCUUUGUAUACAGCAGCAGCAGCAGCAGCUGUGUGUAAAUGCAUGGGCACACAGCGUCUACCGCUCCUUCAGGGACACUUUAUCCGUCUCACUCCGUUCUUCCUUUGGGCUCCCUUUGAAAUGAAGCGACUGAACCAGGUGUAGAAGAGGAUUAUAUAACUUUAUCUGAACCUUUUUUUAUUUACCCCACUGUCUCCUUUACCCCGCCAAAGCUCGGGUCAGUUUCACCGCCUCUCUUUCUCCGUGCCUCUCUCUCUGUGUGUGCGCUUGGAUUGUAAACGGCAGAAACAAAUUGGUCUCCGUGCAGAGCAGGCUACAGCUACAGCUGCGCGGCUCCCUCACUCACACACCAUGGAUGUAAGGUUUUAUCCGUCUGCUGGGGGAAAUUCUAUCCCGGGAGAUCCACCAAACCUGGAUUUUGCCCACUGUUUGGGCUACUACAACUUCAAUAAGGUGAGAAACCACACACUAUCAUGAUUUAGUGUUGUAUUGGCACAUUAGUGCUCCAAAGAUCUCUGAUUUAAUGCCUGAAAAUCGGUGUAAAACUAAGUUGAAUUUACACUGAAUGUUUAAUAUUAUUCAGAGUUGCUGCCACGUGUUUCUCGCAGAGUUCAGCCACUAAUUAUUUAACCCUUUGGUGGCUUUAAUUAAGCUCUGCUGCCACAAACUUUGUUGUUGUUGUGUGUUAGUUGUGGAAAUGAAAGAGCAGGACAAGUGUAGUGGCUCAACGGCACUUCAGUCCAGCUCAGACCAGCGUGAUUGCACUGCCAAACUCUGACCAGACUGAGUGAUGUGAUCCACGGUCUUCGGCUCUGUUAGACUACAGUUUCAAAACCUCUAUAUCAUAGCAUUAAUGUGAUGAUAGCAAGACACAGGGUAUCAGGUGUGCUGGAUUGAGAUCCUGUUUUAUGAAUCUUUAUAGAAUGAGAUGUUGAGGAAACACAUCCAGACUUGUCAUGUGUCUAACAAAGAAAGUAUUACUCAUUACAACUUUAUUCAGUGUUUAAUCAGCUGUUGACUCGUCUGAUUAAUCAUUUUCAGUCAUUCUCCUUUUCAUGUAAACAGUAGAACAGGCAAACUACAAGACAGAUCGUCUUUUUUCCCCCUCAUAAGUCAUCUUUGCAUUGUUGGGCUCUGAAACAUAGUAUUACUGAAGACUGUCAAACCAAUCUAAUUUUAUCUACUCUGUCCCAGCAUAACUAACAUUCAUUCUGAGCUGUUCACAAGUUUUUUUAUUCGUUCCCCUCCAUCUGUUUACAAGCAAGCCCCGUUUCCAACAACAUUGCUAAGGUCUGACAGGUUUAUUAACUCUCAAACAAGAGGCAGGGGUUAUGUAAAACACAGAUGAUAGUUUAUGAUACUGUCAAUGAUGUAACACCUGAACAAUUUGAACCCAUUAUCCGUCAGGAGCUCAACUUCCUCAUCCUCAGAAAGAGGGAACAUCGCCAUGACAGACUAAUGACAAAACAGCAGAGUGGUGUUUUUAUAAAGUUUAAACAAUGGUAACCCCUUCAUCCCUCACCCCUCCUCUCAUGCACUCACUCACACACACACCAACCCCCCUCCCAAAUUAUUCAGCCCUAUAGUUGAGCUUUGUUUGCCCCUCACAAUCUGAUUCUGCUCCAAACAGUUACUAGGUUUUGUCUCACUGUUUCAUCAGCUCUUUGUCAUGUGGCCAAGUUGUCAUGUGUGCCCAAUUUCAUCAUGUCUUCAUCAGCCUUGAGAAAUUUUAACUACAUUGCUUUGAAUUGGUGUAAGAGUUGAAGCGAGAUUUUAUUCCCGCUCAUAAAUUCCCCAGGUCAGUUGAAAUGUUCCAUCUGUAACAGUAAUUGGCUACAAUGCAAGAGAAGGUACAGCGAGAGGGAGGGUACUGAGAAGGUGCUUAUCCAGUAUCUCUACCAGUAAUGUGGGAGAGAAGGAGGGAGAGUACAAAGCAUGCAUUUCAUGCUAAUUACAAUGCUUUUCCAUGGUGAACAAAUGGGCUUUAUUCAUGCAUCUUUCAAAUGAGCCUCCAAUUUAUUUGAAUCAACCCGUUGAAAGGUAGCACAAUGCAGAGCAGUUUGUCAUCGCAGAGAUGUGGCGUGCUCGCGAGUCACACAGAACUGAAGCUUUCCUUCUUUAAUCUAUUUUAAGCUGUCACAGCAAAACUUUGACUGGAGUCACAGUUCUGAUUUGAAAACAGGCAAUACCCUCUGAAAACGCUGGCACAGGAAAUGUUCAAUUUUAAUGACAACAGAGACAGAAUGGCCCAGAGGCACUUUGACACAUCAGAGAUUCUUUUAAAUUUACAGAAAAACGCAAACGAGUGGCACAAACUUAAUUAGGUGCUACAGUCAUGACUAAUGAAGCUGCCUGUUUUUUUGGCACAGAGAUGAAGGAGGGACAGCGGUGCUGAAGAGAAACAUGCCACAACUUCACACAGCUGAAUUAUGCCCGUAACAUAAAUUCACCAAGAAAAAUCACCUUCAGUAAUGUGGUAAAAUUAAACACUGUACCUUCAUGUAAACGGGCCUUAAAGCUAAUGUAAAUGGAUUUGUCUCUGUGAGUUUUAAACAUUAAAUGUAGAGUGUGGGGGUGGAGGAGAGGGCUGUCACAGCAGGGUCUGUUCCUCUUAAACUGCCUUGACUUAAGGUUCAACACGGAUCAGCCGUGCUCAGGGGCAAACCUGCUGAGGACUCUGCUUUAACUGAUUGGUUGUUGCUUCAAGUUGCGUUGUGUUCGGUUUAUCUCUGAGAGGCUCUUUGGUCAGAGUUAAAAACACCUGGCGUCAGUCAGGUAAUCAAAGUUUAAAAGAACUUCUUUGAUUUCAUAUGCUUACUUCUUAUGCAUCUUAAUGUCAUGUGUCCAAUUUCAUAUUCUGAUAAGUGCUGUGAUGCAAAGCUGUUGAAAUGAUGUGGUUAGCUCCUCUUUCAUGCACAUUUUCAAACACAGAGACAGGGAGCUGUUUGUAUCUGACUGGUUUUGGUAUUUUUAAAACCUGUCCGACUUUAAUGGUUUCAAGAAAGGGACUAAGUGUUUCUCCAAUAUUUAUGGCCAUCUGGUCUGCUUUUUCUCAACUUUUAAUAAUGUUUCAGAUACAAAAUCCAUUUAGUGUAGACUUUCAUUACCUCCAGGCACAGAGAGAGUAAAAUUACCAACAGAUGUUAAUACAAACUCUUCACCUGGGCUGGUAUCAAUUGCAUGAGUUUGUUAAACUAAGACAGCACAACCGAGACAACAUCAGUUUUUGUAGUUUGGAGUUACUCCACAUCAGAGUAUUGUAAAUGCAUUAUUGAAGAAGAGCAUAGACAAGAAGACAAACAAACGAAUUCACAGCACACAUGCCACAAAGUUAGGGGAAGUACAUACCCUUAAGAUAGACCUUUAGUGAAUAAUUCCAUUAAAGACAACUCAUUCUAUUUGUUUAUCUUGAUGGUUAGCUUCUUAGUUAAUUAUUUACUUUUUCUCUACAGCCAUUUACUGUUCUUACAUUAAAGGUACAGUCAGGGGUAGAAAUGGAAUAUAGCUUUCAUUAGUAUGUUUCAAUGAGUGUCAAAUCACCUGAAUAUAAAAAGCCUUUAAAUAUCUUCAUAAAAAGCUGGUUUCCUUUGAUUACCAUGUUUCUACAGUAACACAUAGUAGAAAAUUAAAUAACAGACAUGUAAUUAAUGAGCGGCCGCGCUAAAUAAACCAGUCAGAUGAAGGGCAAAACAGUGUUUAUGGCCAAAGGAUUUGUUUAUAAUCUGAUCGCUAGGUGUCUUUAAAUAUUCUUACACUGUACCUUUAAGUUCCAACAUGUGAAGAUAGUGGUUUCUUUCAGGCUACACUGUGAACACAUCAUCAAACAAACCAGCCUCACUGCCCUGCACUGCCCGCACCAUGGUUAGCUGCUAAAAAAAUCACUGCUCAUGUUGUGUUUGGUUUAUUAAACCACACUUCUAUUACCAUGGUGAUGACUUUGUAUCCAAAUAAAUCCAGACUAUAUUGCAAGACAACUCUUUGAUAGUAUCGAUUCUCUGUGAAUCAGGAAGUUGUGUCGUCUGUACGAGUAGACAUGCUGAUUAAGGACUGUAUCUGGAAUCACCAGAGGAUCCAUUGAGCCUGCAAAUGUGGUGUAGGAGAAAUACAGGCCUGUGUUCAUGCUUCAUUUGGGCCUCACUGACCCAUCUAUAUGUAAGGAAACUAAAAGCAAUAACAGUUUAAAAAGCUUAGCAGAGGGCUUUUGUGAAUUACUGCUCUCCUUCAACAACAAACCCCUGGGCAAUAACCUCUUACUGUGUCCAAACCAAAGAGAGCCAAGCCUCCUUUUGUCUCUGCUGUGCUGGGAAAGGGUUAACACUCAGCUCAACCAGGGGGCCUAGUGCAUCUCUCCAGUGUACACAGCUGGUGCCAUUUCAUCACACACAUUCUAAACAUAUCCAAACACAGCUUUAAAUGUGUGUGUGUGUGAGUGCACUGAUGCUGUGUGUGUGUGUGUUGGGGGUUGGGAGGUAACCUCAGAGGCUUUGUCAAACUCUGCAGUUGAUGGAUCAGACUUCAAGGUGCAUGUUAAAUGUUUAAAUGUCCGAGAAGUGAAUAGCUGAUGAUUUUUGUGGAGUCUUUUAAUUGUAGCUUGUCAGGAAAUGUAGUUCAACAGAUUUAUUAAACACCUAAUUUUCCCACUGAGAUUACAGAGUGUUAUUUUUAGUCCUCCUGCUGAAAGACAAACUGUACUUUAGCUUCCUGCCUCUAAGAACGACUGCUCUAUGUGACAGACUGCUCUGCACAUACAGUAUGUGUCUGUUGUUAACAUUAUGUUAAUGCACAGCUCUCAGUUAAUGCUGCAUGUCCUAAACAUAUCUCUGCCAAACAAAGCUGUUGGUUGUUGCUGUAAUCCUGUACUGAUGGUUUGUAGAGACAUCUCAGCAGGAACUCAAUAAAUGUUCUUGAGAACAGCUUUUUAAGAAGGCGAGACCUUAGCAUUAGCUUGGAUAAAGCUAUCAGCCUGAUGCUUUAUGAUUUCUGUUGCUGCGCAUUAUCACAGCUGUCACUCUCUUCAUUUUGUUGAUCUCGUCGAGAUGUUGACAUAUGAUGCUUCGCAGGCGCGCACACGCCAGCGAAAUCACUUUCAAUUUCCCUUCAUUUUCGACAUGUUUUACAAGUUUAAUCUGAUGAUUUGAGCCAACAAUCAAAACCUGUGGGAAAUACAAGAACCAGGUUUUGUUUACAGGGUGGUUAUGAGAGCGGCUUUGAAAUCGUAGACAGGCAUAGACCAUUACCCAGAUCAGCACUCAUAAAGACCUUCUGCAACGCUGCCAUCACUGCUCAUAAAUCCACUUCAUUAUGUCUCUGUGUGUAUUACUCAGCAGACCUCGCACUGCUAAGUUGUUCCUCAGUCACACUGGCACAAUGUGUCCCUCUGACAUGGUGGCAGGCAUCCACUGUGAAGAGUUUAAGAAAAAAAUGAUCCAAUGAAGACUCAACCAAGUAGAAAUGCUGAAAAGUCUUCACACAUUUAGCCCAACUGUGUGUUAUUUUAUGUUUUUCCCUUUUAGGAUUGAAACCCACAGCGUUUGUCUCCACCGAUCUAAAACAACAUGGACUGUUUGUAGCUACAUGCUUCUUUCAGAGCAUCCCUUUCAUUGGUACAUGAAAGACAUGAAUCCACAGGAGGGCCACAUUUUUUACGAGAUUUUGAUCAUGUACACAACAUCACUAUAUCAUAGCUCAAACCGUUGGUGCCGGAGGAAAAACGGUUUAUUUUGGCAUUCAAAGUAAUGAAAGAAGGGAAAGAGAGUUUUUUUAGUUGUAGUUUUUGUUGUCUUGUAAAUCGAACUUUUUUUUUCAUAAAGCCUUUAAAGCCAAUGUUCAGGCUAAAGAGUUUGAGGAUUUGAUCAAUUUGAGAUCAGGCUGAAAUACCACUUGACUCUGGGACUAGGCGCUCUCUAGUAAGCCAAGUUUUUAUGUUUUAUGUUGUCACUGAAAAGAAAAAUGAUAAGUGUGAUUUGUUUAUCUUGUGAUAUCAAAGUUAGACAUAACAGUUCAAAGGUGCAAAAAAGGGUGUCUGUGAUUUCAGUGAGUACUGUUCCUUUGAAUCAAAGCAGCUCCACUGAAAGAGAAGCUUUCCCACUAUGAUAAACUGUUCUAAUCUGGGUUUGGUUCACGACGUCUUUGACAGCUCUGACCUUACUGACUUAUUAAAAGGAGGAGGAAAAACUCACCAUGCCCCAGAAAAAAAAAAUGCUUUUACUCUGAAUUAAGCAGUUUUCAAAAGGACCAGUCAAUCACUUCUGGUUGGCUGAUUCAAUAACUGUUGUGUCCCUUUUGUGGUUAGCCUCGAUGUUAAGACACAUUCAUUUUUUAAAGCUUUCCAGAGAGGCAGCCAGGCCGUGUUUCAUAGAUCUAAUGUCCAAUUCUCUUAAUGGGCUCACAGACUGUAUCAAAACAUUCAGCUGGUUUUCUUUUAACUUCACUUGCUUGACUUAAGCUCUUUUCCUAAGCUCUUUUCAAGGAGCACAGGCCGAUGAUGAAUGACUUCAGCUCACAUAGUUAUGGAUAAUAUUUUCGAGGCUGGUCCUUUUGAAUUUAUUGCCGCUAUCUCCAUGGUAAACUAAUUUCCAGCAGCUUUUUUUCUGAUGUGGAAAAAUACAGGACAUCGGUUUAGAAAUUUGAAUAUUGGCUCUGUAACAUAAAUAUGAGUGUCGACAGUAAGUGCUGUCUUAUUUUAUUUACCCUUAUUUACCUGCAAGGGUUUUAAAGCAGUGACCAAAUGACUCAAGCCGUCCACUCACAGAAGUAUUAGUCACUCUCUCAACCAUUGUUCCUGUGUCAGGCUGGCUGUGGAUUUGUUUUCUCAUUAGAGGUGUUCAGGCUGCAGGUGUGUGUGUGUAGUAUUACAUCUUACACAGUGUGAUUAACCCAGCCUUUUUUUUUUUUCUCCAUCCCCCUCCCUCGGCACCACACAUACCCAUAAUGCACUGUGUUACCAGGCUGCACUAAAAGGACUGACAAUAGUAGCAGGUGUGCAAAUAUACCUCAGACCUGUCGAGCAAAGAGUGUAAACAAUGCAGGGAAAUAAAAGUUUUAUUUGAAUGCUGGAAUAGAGAGCCUGUCAGGGUGAACUGGCACAGGGUUCAAGAAAGACUAGCUUUGAAAACAAUCUGUUUACUGCACCAAAAAGCAUCUCUGAUGAAGAUUACUUGAUGCUUUUGCUGCUCGCUGUAAAAUAAGUGUCAUGCUUUAUGAUAACCCAAGUAUAUGAGCCUACUUCACCCUCUCUGAAUGAGCGUGAAUACUUUCGUGGAAUUAGAAAACUGCCAUCAUAUCCUGCCCCUGCCUUUGCAUACAGAGCAUUAAUAUAUAUAUUUUUUUUCUUCUGAAAAAUCUAUUUAUAAUUUGAUUAAAUUGCUUGUAUAUCUCCAUACAUUGCACUGAUUGUGGAUUAUGUAGCUGAAACUCGAUGAAUGAAACAGCUGCUCUCUGGUGGAUGUGUUUGCUCUGUCUACCCCAUGUUUGAUUUAUCAGAACCGAGUUUGUAUUUAAUGCGGAGGGUUCAUGUUAAAACCAACAAUUAUUCUUUACUCAAUGCUGGCACUAAUAUUUUCUAUAAUUACUACCAUCUGUAUCUUUUCAGCAUAAAGAACUUGUGUACUCAUGCAGACUAUGGAAACCUGAUCAAAAGCCUCGAUGCACUGACCUUUUUUUAAAUAAUGAUCUAAGAUUGUUAACAUCUGCCAACUCUCAACCAAGGGCUUUGAGUUUGCUUAACAAAACCAUAAAGAUAUUAAUCAUGCUUCAGUUGCCAGGACCUUGUACUGUAGGGAAUACAUAUCAAAGAUACUCCACAGGGAGCACAAUGUUUCAGAAAACACGAUCAGCUUAUUACAUCACUCUAACAUCAUUUUUUGGCUUCAAUUGUCCAACAGUGUUCUUCAUUAGAAAGGGCAGUGCUUCCCAACAUGUAGCUGAAAUAUAACUGCUUUGAGGAUCCCUAAUGUCAGAUUUCUUGCUUUUGGAAAUCAUGCAGUAUUCAUGAGGAUAUCUCGUUUUUAUUCACUAACAUGAUCAAAAGGCACAAUGGACGUGGCCUCAGUAAAGCCUCCGGCCACAUAAUGUAGAUCCUUGCCCUAAAACCUCAACUGGAAUCAUGAAUGAACUCCAUGAAAUUCUUGAGUGGACUUCUGAUAUUUUGGGGAGUUGAAGUCCAGGCUCAUUCACAGCACGUCCUUGUUUAUUGUUAUAUGUGUGUGUUUCUGCUGGCUCUAGAACUCUCACAUGCGGUUAAAGUGUGGUAUGGCAGAAGUAGAAACAAGCUCAAGGUCUGAGAGGCCUCAGCAUUGGCAGGGUUUUGCCUCCCUGCGCUGCCACUGAUGAUUCUUUCAAAUGACAGUCAUUGCACAGAAACAGAUCUAGUCCCUCACAUUUGGAGAUUGUGACUCACAGAAUAAGAGUUCAAAUACCUGCACAGCCUUGGGAAAUGGACGGCUCUUUUUCAUUGAAAUAGUCUCCGCUACAUGUGUGCCUCUCCUGCUGAUAAACAAGAAGAGGAGCUCAAUGAUUACACUGUUUCAAAGGCAUUACAGGCAGCUGAUUAAAGUGUUAGCUUGGAGUUAGCCAAGGUUAACCGUCCAUAAUGAAACACUUUGAAAAUAAUGAUACGCUGCAUGGUUUUAUGAGGGCUUGUGGCUGCUCCGCUCAGCAGUGGUGACCUUCAGCAGUUCCACGAGCUAACUGUAGCAAUCCUCAGCACCCCUGUGGUUUCCAGACUCCUUCAGCUUUUGAUAUGCAUGUAGGACAGUAGACUCGGUGCAAGGUCUCAGUUUGCAACCGUCAUGAGUCACUGGUGUGACUGACCAUCUUCACUUUCAACUUUCACCAUGAGAUUAUGUUUUCUGCUCUCGCUUUUAUUUGUGGGAGUUUAGCACAACAGGCGUGGAUGAAGUUGUCAGUCAAAAGUCAUUUGCAUCAUGGUUUACCUUGUAAUCCAUCAAACACAUAAAUGAAUAAAGAGUGAGAGAGGCUUCAGCUCAGAGAAAAGUACCAUGACAUAAUCAGCAUCUAAGUGCUUUUGUAACCAUAGUGCAUAAAAUGAGAUUGUAUCUGUCAUCUGUUGAUGCAGGGCAGGCCGCUUGUUAUUUAAAACAGCUGCACAGGGUACACCUGGGUAGCCUGGAUUACUCUCUUGCCAGCACUUAAAAGUUUCGGAUCAGAAUCUGGCUGCAAUCAAUGUUACAGUUUCUGCACAAGUAAUACCACAAGAAAAACAAUAUGAAUGUAUUUAGCUGACAAGAAUAAUGCUUUUAGGAUGUUGAUGUGAACACUUCCUGAAAUAUGCUGCAUGUGCAUCCAUCUUGAUGUGGCUGACCUCUUAACUUUCAAAGAAUCUCUUUUUCAUCUUUUUGUGACUAUGAAGCCACAAUUCUUGGCCUGUUUCACAGAUAUAAAAUCAUAUUUAAUCCAUAUGUAGAAAAACUAAAAGGGUGUGUAGUCACAUGGAUAAUUGGCAAAUAUGUAUUCAGUGAUAAUACCGUGGUGGGUUGGAAUAUCAGCAAAUGCAUGAACAGAUUUAUUGUGCUGUCGGUGUAAAAACAAACAGAGGUAAAUACAUUUCAGAUCUGGACAACUGAGCAGUCAAUCGUUGCUUAAUUACCUGAACAAAUAUCAAUAUGAACAUAGUUGCUUGUUUAUGUGACAGGAGAAUUAUUUGUUAAGAUACAGCACUACAUUCAGCGCCACUAUUGACUGAUAUUGAUAUUUUCAGAGGAAUAUUCUCCGAACAGGAGCUAAUUAACAAAUAAGAAUAAUUACCUAGCUCUUUCAUUCAUCAGCACAGUCUCUCAUAACAGGCAAGCUUCAAGCAGCAACAACAAAGUAGUACAUAAAUCAAAGUAGUUUCCUUUGCCAAGCCAGAACCCCCUGGGAGGCACCUUGGUGCUUAAUUAAAAUCCAGAAGGAUCAUGUUUUAAGUGUAGGUGAGCGAGCACUGAAUAACAAUGACAAAUCAUGCCCCGGAGCUUUAGUGGUGUGUUUUGGAAAAGAAAAACAGCAUCUCCCUUUCUUCUGUUUUCAAUAUAAAUGAGAUUUAAUGUGGAAAAGGGGCUGUUCUCAGUGUAUCAUGGCACAGGCUCUGUGGUAAAUCUAGCCCUGCAGAAUGUGCCAAAACCAGCAUUGAUAUAUUAAUCUCAUAAUUACCCAUACAGGAUUAUAAGGAAGCAGCUCAUUAUUAGACAAGAUUUGAUGGCUUACCCCCUUUAGUACACUGUUUAACAUCCUUUUUAAGCCUUACAGUAUUUUACAUAUGUGUGCCAGGUUACGAUUGUCAGGAUGUCACUGGUCUUAUCUUACAUACAUUUAUUUAUGAUGAGUGGCAAAGGUCUAUUUGCAAUGUAAGGAAAUUGUAGUCGUCAUAUUAAAGAAAUAUGAAGUGAAAUAUUUACUCAGAUAUGUAAAUAAUCUUAUUUCUAGAUAACAAGUAAUAGUAAAUGAUGUAUGUGAUUCAUGAGUAAUGUCAGUCGAAAAAAAACUUUACAUGCCCUGGAUAUUGUCUGACUUAAUGCUGGUGGCCAUACCAGACCAGUCAAGCAUGUGCAGCACAUACAAAUUUCUCCAUGGGGAUAUUAAAGUGCAUCAUAUUGUAUUGUAUCGUGUAUCGUAAGAUCUUGUAGGGCCAGUAAAAUAUAGAUGAGGUAUUGUGGUUGCCAUGGUUGGUAAAAAACCUCCUCCAAACAAAAAUCCUUUCAUCAGAGAGAUUUAAAAUUCAACAGAAGAGAUGAUUUGCUUAACUAGUAGUGGUGCACAGAUUCACAUGAAUAUUCCUGUUGUAGUCAGAUCUGGAGAUCUGUCUGCUCUGCACUGACUAGGUAAACUCACACAGACAGGUCCCUCAGCUCUAGCCAGAGAUACUUCACUAAAUCAUGAGCUGAAACAUGAAGUGGAUCACAUUUUUAGGGACAGAUACUGGAGUAUAAACUGUCCUACAUAUUUCCACUUUUUGCAAACGUCAUAACUCUUGAGUGCACAAGCUCUUAGGAAGAGAGGCUAAAAAAAGAAAAGUGCAUUAAAAUGGGAAUGUGUGUAGUUAUCAGCAGAAAAAAAAAAUCUCUCCCAAGUCAAAUCUGCUCAAUUACAGAGCUCUGGAGAGCUAUCCCCAAGCAACCCUUCCUUUGGCUAAUCAGUCACAGCAAAUUGCAGUGGUGAAUAUUUCAGACUCUGCAGAUCUGAAUAAAGACAUCAUGAUUAUUUCACUGUUGUACAGUUACCCUCAGAUAAUUUCAGGAGCCUUCAGCUGGAGCCAGCGCAAACUGUAAAGCUCCUGUUUUACCAAGGAGAGGAACGUGGAGGGAGGAAGGCAAACACAAGCGCUGUCAGUCAAUGUGGCGAGCUAAUUGGGUCGAUCUCUUUAGUGAAGAUGAAUGAAGAGAUUAACUCUCCCUAUGUGUCCAGUGAAUCUCCCCCUCUGGCUGCAGGUAAAUUAGCCGAUGACAAGCUGACAGUGGGAAUUCUGCCUCUCACUCUGAAUUACUGCUGCAGUCAGGAUUUCCAGCAUAGCGCCCCCUAUUGAAAUAGCGCAUGUGUCAUGGUAUGCUAUGUUUACAUAAUGAUUAACUGAAUUGAUAACAAUUAUCUAUCAGAGCUUGUUAAUUGAAUGCACCUGGCCAAGUCAAACAUUCUCCAUGUGUUAAAGCUCCAAAUAAUUUGACAGUAGAAGUUGUAAUCAUGUCUUUUUGCACCCCUGAAUAUCAAAAACAUAAGACCAGGACUUUUUACUUUAUGAUGAUCCUUGCUGACUGUAUAACACAGCAGAGAUUAGAGUUACCAGUCAAACAUACACCUAAUAAAGACGGAUCGAGAGUGGUGAGAGAACAUGUGUAGAGGAGAGGUGUGAGCACAGAGGAGACUGUGCCCUGCUCUCAUUUAUUUUGGUGGAGAAACUCACAGCAUGAUCCUUAAAUAGAGGUCAAGGCUCAAAUACAGAAAAUGUCAAUGACCCCUUUUUUUUCAUCCGCCUGUACUGGAGAAACGGGAUAAAAGUGCUUGAAGGAGCUGUGGUCAGAGAGGGAAAUCAAUACGGCUAUAAAGAGGGUUGUACAAAUACAACAUGUAAGAUUCUUUUUGACUUUAUAAAGUGCGACUUUUAUUUACUUGUACUCUUUCAUGUGCAGUUAUGUUGGAGCAGGAUUUUAAGACUACAUCUAUUGAUCAAUGAGGCAAAACCUUGUAUUUGUGUUGACUGCUUUGGUUUAUAACCACGUGUUUUAGCUGCAUGUGGGUCUAUAAUGCAGUAAUGCAAGUGAAUCACACUAGUUUGCCUAAAAGGACCAAUAGGGAAAUUCAGUAUGGUUAAAAUAGACCUAAAACAUUUUAUGGGUCACAUGUCAUCAACAGAAGAGUUUUGCACUCAGUCUUCUUUUGUUACUUACCUUGUUGUGUUAAAAAAGCGCUGCUUUAAUACACAGAAGACCCCCAGGACUUCAUGUGCUUUUGAUCAUCAACCUGUCAUUUUACACAGACGGAAUAAUUUGUGCGUGCUGACUAAAAGAUAUGUAGUGUGUCUUUGUUCUGCAUCUCUUGAAAUGUCAGAGCAAUGAUAUGGAAUCAAAGUUGAAGCUGAGUGUUUGUAAUUAUUCAAAGCUGGCAUCUUAAUCUCACGAUGCUUUAGAAGUAAAAAAAUGUUAAAGUGACAUUUUGAGUUUAAAUACUGCUAAAAACAUUAGUGAAGCACUUAGCCUGAUGGUUGCUGUCACGAGAAAAACAAUGUCUCGACUCAGCUGCCGACAGGUUUGCUAAUGAUGUCCUGGUGUGCUGUCAAUCCACCAGACGAACAGACAAUAGUAUGCCAAGGAGAAAAUGCUUGAAAUAGCUAAUUGCUUCAAAGAGCUGCUCAACCCUUCUGCAACUAUGAACAUGUUCACAGAUGUCUUUUCCAGCUGCUGUUUCAUUACACAGCUCAAACACGGUACAGAUGCAGAAUAUUGGCUUUCUUUAUGGGCCUUUGUUGUUGCACGUCUAGUCAAAAUGAUUAUAGAUACAUUAUUGCAACCACAGGAGGAGUGAGAAAAUGGCACGUGCCAGUGUGAACAUUUUCAUUAUUUUACCUAAUAUGCCUGAGCUGUUCCCUUAAUCUCUGCCAACUUGUUGAUCGUCAUUUUGGAGACACAUUUCUGGAGAGCAGCCGGAGAGUAUUUGCAGCCGGACCUCUGUCAGUAGCGCCAAGCAACACAGCCACAAAUUGGAAUGUGGUACAGCUCUGGGAAAGCAGCCAAGAUUUAAAUUAGACAAUAACCUCUGCUCUCUCUAUAUUGCCUCUCUUUUCCAGCUGCAGGCCUAGCCAUUUGUUUAAUACAGUCAACCCUGUAGUAUAUAAUAGACUGAUAUAUGAGUCACCGCUCAGCAGUUUGUGUUUUUCAGAUUUAUAGAGAUUGAACAAGCACUGAGUCUGUGCUUAGCGUGGGCUUAUGGUUAGAAUAACAGAAAAUACACAGGUUGAACACUAACUUUGAUUCUUUCCAGAGGUUUUAAAAUAUGUCACUGAACUCAAUACGUUUGAUUAGCAAGUUAAUAGGAGAGAAAAUGAAACUUUGACCAGACCUGAAAGCAGCUCUACACAUUCAUUUCUACAGGGGAAAAUGUAUUUGUUUCUAACAGUUUAGAGGAGUUUUGUUGAUUUUUGUUGGUUAUGUUGGAAGAAUUCUCUGUUUUUCAGGCGGGCAAUUACAUUUUUCAAAGAGGAGCGCUGCGUAUCAAAGCUUUUACUGCUUUGGAUGUCUUUAUUUGGUUUCUGUACUUUAAGCGUUAUUUUACCAGUUAAGUCCAAGAACAAAAAUAAAAAAAAAUGUCCAUCACUAUAUCAGAAAUAGAGGAUUGUGUUGAGUCCAUCACUAAAAGCUCUUGACUGAGCACAUUCCCGAAGCCAGCUAUAAUGAGUGUAUAAGCCAGUAACAGCACACGGGGAAUAGAAAAAUGUGUCUGUACUGCUAGAGCAAUAAGAGAGGACUCAACUCCCAGAAGCUUUCAGGAGGGCUUUAUGUGAAUCAGAGGACCAGAGCUCACAGCCAUCUGACAAAUCAUAAGAAGCAGCACCAUUAGCACCAACAAAAACAAACUCAUUUCCGGUGGCAGAAGGCGCUUAUUCUCCAGUAUGACAUUUAACCAUUUUAUUUUGUGUUAACAUCCAUAACCUCAGAGCAACCUCUCGCUCUGUAGUGGAGGAAUGGAGAGCAGAGCCGAGUGAGUUGGGUUAAAGUCCACACCUCUGAUACCAUCUCCAGUUGGAGUUGCUUCAAAGCUGCAGAGAGUAAACAGCCUUGAGACAUGGCUUUAGCAGCAAAAGCAAGACAACAGCGCCAAGCCGAGCCUUUCUCAUGUUGCCUCCUCAAGAGCUGUGUGUCCAUGCAACAGCAGCCAUUGUGAGAAAGCUACACCAUGUUUCUGAGGCCCUCUCCAUCGCCUAAGCUCCUUUGUGGCUGCGGGCCAAUGGCUUUGCACCCCGCCAGAUCAAAGAUGGAACCCCAUUUAGCUUGUGCUUUCUUUUAGGAUUUGCUCUUGAGAGUACAGAGCAGACUCAACAGCUAGAAAAAAAGGAUGUUGGCUGUUGACCUUCAUAGUACAGAGAUUUCAGUGCUCAGGCUGUGGGUCCAUUAUGACAAACGCUGAGACCGGCUUUGUUUUGGCAGCAUUUGCAAGUCUAAGACCUGAGAGAGAAAAAAAUAGCCACAGUGAACUUAGGCGUAUUUUGGUUCCAUUGUACAACAUGGUGUUGGAUGUGGCCAAUGGCUAGGCUACAAAAUUACAGUGUGAAUGUGUCACUGUAUUGAUGCUUUGGUUACAAUUAAAAUCAACCCCUGGGAAUGAAAACAUGAUGACAGAGAAGCCCUGAAUGUUAACAGUAUUCAACCGAAACAUGUAGUUAACCACGUUAGAAGUGCUUUUCCUUUAGUUUGUUCUCAACACAACUUUGAACAUGCUAACACUAACACAUGAAUUAGUUUAGUUGUUGAUCUUGGCAUUCUGACAUUUGCAUUUAGCACAGAGCACAUAUUUUUCUGCUUAUUAACUUAAUGUUUAAAUUAAAACGUAAUAAAACAGUGCAAAACUACUUUACAUACGUGUCAUAUUAUUAUUGUUUGUUUUACUGUAUAGUAAAAUAUGAGUGGACUGCUACAUUACAGUGAGUGACAGAUGUUUACUCCUCUGAGAUCGACAGCCUUUAUGUUGUAAUUUUAGCUAAAUUCAUUCAGAAAUAUUUUUAAAGAUUUGCAAAUCAUCUCUCACUCUGGUCUGUCUGUGUCUCUGUUUAGCACACAGUACACUGCCCCGCAAAGGCUUGUGCUGAAUGCACUAACUAUAGCCUCUUUCUUGCUGUCUUUCAACACAGCUAUAAUGACUGGGCAGCUCAUAAAAACAUAAAGCAUACUUGCUGAGCUGUGUAAUUGCAUAAAGUUAGUUUCUUUGUUUUGACAUAUAAGCUUGUCAUUUUGGUUGAAAAUGCAAACUCAGUUUCAUAGCCCAUGACAGGGCUGUUAUGUCCCUGAACCACAUGGAGUGAUUUUUUAAAACAGAAGCUCUGCUUUAAGGUUUUCUUACAACAACUUCCAUCAAUAAUGUUUUAUAAAUAAAGGCAUACAUGGUUUAUAUCCACAAACAGUUAAAGCUACAAACUUAAACCUGAUUCCUGAACCUGUUUCACAUUGAUCAAAUACUUAAAAAGACAGCCUGAUGACUCAGGUUUGAGCCACAUUUGUUGGCAUUGUGUGAGAGAGAAGAUUACCUGCAAACUGCUUGAACAAAACUGCCACAGGCUUGAUUUAAAUCCCAGAUAAGACCCAGACUUUUUCUCACACCAGACCCUCUCUGCUCCCGUAGUGGCUGUCACACAGAGAGGUAGAGGAAGAGUAAGAUGCUUACAAUGAACUUCACUCUUUUCUACCUUAUGUAGCUGAGGACUUGCUGUCUUAAUGGUGAAAGACAGUACUGGGCUGGGGGAGUAAUGAUUUUAGCUUUAAACUGAAUUACCAAUCGAUUGGGCUUGCAGAUCUGAACACAGGUUGUGCGCCGACUGUGUGGACAUGCUGUGUUGCGGAGUCGCUUUACAAAUUGACUGCUGCAAACGUAAGAGGAAAUGUAUCUAUAUAUGUCGGCUCUUCUCUGCAUGCAUGGUGGCCUGCUGGGCUUGAGCAGGCCGUACAAUCACCAGUGGGGCAGCUGCAGAGUGUUUAUGCUGAAUUGAGUUUUAAAUGAGCAUGUAGUUGGUGAAGAAGACUUGGGGGAGCAGAAGAUAACUUUUCCAGUGGCAAAAGGGGUCCAACUUGGAUUUCAGGAAGAAAAAAAAAAACAGUGCUUCAGUCCUUUUUUGCUGAAAGAGAGGCUCGAAACUGGUGGUAGUCCAAGCUUUUAAGGAAAUUGCAUAAAAAAUGCAUAACAAAUUACCACAGCUUUUCUGGAGUGAGGGUUGAGUUUUAACUGUGGUGUUUGUGCUCUCUUUAUUGGGACCGCUGCAGAACAUAUUAGCACAAGUGUCAUGUUCCAGAGAACACAUGCUAGGCUGUGAUUACUGAGCUCAAGCUGUACUGUAAAAUCACUUGUCAGCAGCUGAAAUGUUUCUGGAAAAGCCCAGGCUCUUGAUUGAAUUAGUUUGGUGGUUUUUCAGUGGGGAGGAAAAAUGUGUCCAAUUUGGUUACCUGCUGACAGACAAUUGCUGUGUUAUGACUUUUUCAUCACACUGGAAAAGCAAGGAACCGUUCCCAGAGGGUGAUUAAAAAAAUCACCUUCUCAUUUUCAUGCUGUUUUUUUAUGAAACUUUGCAUUUUCCAGUCAUGCAUUAUCCUUUAAUCGCUGUUGACAAUGCAGUAUUCAGUCCUCAGAUGUGAAUUCAUAGGCUAGUGCAUGUUUAUUUUCCAUCUAUAUGCAUGCAGAGCUGGCAGCUGUGCUAUCAGAGGCUCUUCAGGCGUGUAUUCUGGGUUGUCCAGUUCAUGUUUACUGAUAGGAUCUGUGUGGUGGUUACUCCAUCAUAUGGGGGGGUGGGAUGGGGUCAUGUUGGUGCAAUAUUGUGUUCGCCCUGAGGUUGAAAUAAUUUUGUUUGCUAUAAUAGCUGUAAAACACCUUAUUUCCCACCGGACAUUCUUUCAUACAAAUAUUCCUGUGCUGGGAUUUAAAAGGGGAGCAUCAGAAUUACACUGACUGCACUAAGAAAACAAAACAAAAGCAGAUGUUGGUGAUGCAUGCUGAUGUUUGUUUAAAAAGUCAUUGAAACCUUUUAGGCUGAUAAUGAAAACCUAACUCAAGUGUUCAAAUGGACUCUCAGAGCUAUCUUGACCCAGAAUGAAAAGAGAGGCAGUAUUAUGCAUUUUCAGAAAACCUAGAAAUUCAGAUUCAUCCCAUUGACUGCCAGGCUUUUUUGUCUGCCUGCGAUCAUGCAGACAGUGGAGUCUUUUCACAUUGGGAUCAGGCUCCAUGUAAGCUCUUAAUUCUCCCCUGUUAAACAAUUAUUGAAGAAAUGUGCUGGUGGUGCAGAAGGAGAAAUAAAAACACUGAGUGCCUAGUGUUUGCUCUGCCAUGUAGCCAUGUCUGGCUCUUAGUGCAACUUGUAUUACACAGCACCUUUAACGAUGAAUCCACUCCAAUAAAAGCCUCCUACCCACAGCUAUUUUAAAACCCAUCUUUUCUAUGGCUUUCCUUUGGCCUCUUACAAAAAGUGCAUGGUUACCUUUUGGAAAUGAGAAGUGAGGUGUCUUUUGAGUGCAUGUAACAUCUUCAACUUUUUCAACUCAUCGAUUUCCCCAUCCCUCUGACACAUUACAAAUCUGAUUCAAAAAUACAGAUAUGUGCACCCAUGCAAGUGUUUGGCCCUCACAUGUCCAACGCAUCUCUGUACUAUCUCGUCACAUCGUUUUAAUUACUGAGCCUUCAUUGUCUGCACUGACCCAUUUUAGUGUAGUCCUUUCCGUCAGCUUCACGGUCCCUCCAAUCACACUUAAUUUCAUCUGGCAUUUGACUCAAUCACUGAUGCCCCAUGAACAGGAACACAGAAUGUGCCCCCCAACCCCCCAACCAAAAAAAAGAAAUGAAUUGGGAAUAACAAUAAUAAUCUCCACUCUCGACUCUGGGUUGUCCUCUAAGGCCCUAGGCCUGAGCGGCUCCACCACAUAGUACAGCUUUUAACGGUAAAGAUUGAUACUGGUGGCAGGGGACUUUACUUGGGAUGUUAGUCACAGUUCUCUGAGGAGAUGUGGAACUGCACUUAAAGGGUCUUAAAACACAGUAAAACGUGACUCAGAGACAGAGCCAAGGGAGUUCCACAUCACUAAUUAGCACUAGAACUGAACUUGGUUGGGUUUUCCUAAUUACGUCAAUGCAAUUUGCUUAAUUCCUGUGCUUACAGUAUGUAUUCCAGCCACACCUCCCAGUAUGAUGCUGGUUGUAAUGACACAUUGCUUUAUGAAUUGUAAGCACUUACACGCUGUUGAAGAUAUCCAAUUUAAACGCUGUUGUGCAGCAUAGAAAGUAAUCAUGUAGAAAAUGUGUGACUGCGAAAGCAGCCAAGACAUUCACACACAACCGGUGAUGAAGCUGGGUAAGAAAGCAAACACAAAUUUUUAUUAAAUUUAAGAGAUUUCUAAUGUGUUUAUAUCCCUGAAUUCUUAUCGAACUACUUCAAAUUAAGAGCAGCUCUCUGUAUUCUUCAAAAUCUCAUUCAGAGAGAUACAAGGAUAGAAGACACAGAGACACCACUGCAUGAAACCAUAUCUCCCCCACAAUCAGAACAAUGUUCCCAGUGCUUGAAUGAAGAAGGAUAUCUCUGAGACUUCAAUUUGUUAUCUAAAAGAAGAAGGGGGACAGAGUAACACUUCCUAGAUAAGCCCAGCAUAAGGUUAAUUACCAGCCGAGUGGCUGACGUAACCCAGCCGUGUCAUGUCUCCAAAUUACACACAGCUGGGAAAUGAAGGGGUGCCUGUUAUUGACAGAAUAUCCUCACUUGAGGAGUGUCUUUACAACACUGUGUUUUUGUAUUUGUGAAAACAUGCAAACCCCCAGUGUUUGACUCAGAUAUAGUUUAGUGGGGCAGCUCCAGGUAAGACAACACCAAAGGCUCACCAACCACCUGCUUCAGCCACUGCGAGCAGAGCUUGUGGCUCUCUUCUCAUUGGUGCGUAACACUGUUAACAUUGCUGCUGAUUCCCGGCUCUCUCUCCAGGGCAUAGACUAAUUAAUGGAUACCAUUCGCAGUUGAUUAGCAGCAGUUCUUUCGGUAAUUACAUUCGCAUACUAACCACUCAGAAGAAAAGGCGAAGGGGGAAAAAAACACAAAGGGCUAGAAAAUGUAUUAAUGCACUUCUCAGUUCACUCUGAUCUUAAUUUGUUUCCACUAUUGUUUGGCUUCUGCUUAGAUAAGAGGCCAUUUUUUUUCUCCCUCCCUCUGUGCAUGGAGUUCUUCAUCUGUCAUAAUGUUUUAAGAGAGUGACUUUGUAACAAACACACAAAAGAGAUUACUGCAGAGCUUUGUUGAAAAUGUGUUCUCAGUGGAACCUCAUGAAGACGCAAACUCCUAUCUCUCCUUCGUUCUGUGUAGGCUGGGUUUUUUUGCUCUCCUUGCUCACAGAGAGGUGCAUUGUGCUCCUGGGCCCAGCUGCUAGCCCAUAAUUCUUCAUUCUGUGUCCCAUUGUUCCUACCUGUCAGCUUGGUUGUGUCUCAAAAGAAAAGGAAGUGGCUGCCAUUUUGCCAGCAGGCUAUGUGUGGGUCUGGGAGGGUGUAUGUUGUGAAAACAUGUUAUUUCUUCCCAAAGUAUAGGGUUUGAGUGGCUUAUCAACCAUUUUAAACAGUAGUGUGUUACUGCAGUGUGGAACUUAUACCUCUUGUGGUUACGCUGUCGUUGCUCUCAAGUCAGCCUGAAGAACAGCAGAACAGGCAUGUGCUUCCAGUGUGGACACUUUUUUACUCAUUGAAAAGAUCCCUCUCUUAAAUCAGAUUAAUGUUUUCAAAGUUGUUGAUAAAUGUCAAACUCAUGUUAAGUGAGAAAAUUGCAAAACCCAGCUCCUGUAAACCCAAACCGCCCCCCAUCGUAUCAUAACUCUCUCCACUUUCUUAUUUCCUCUCCGUGUCACUCCCCUCCCUCAGUUAAUUUGAAGUUAAUAACCUGCCACUGCAUCUUGAUACUUGGCUUUGUGAUGCAAACAUAUCCUUAAUUGCGAUCCCGUAAGAGCUGAAUGGCCAGGCCAGAUUCUCAUUACCCUGGUUUGAAUGUGCCCGGGCCUCUCACAUUCCUCCUGUCGUCACAAUAAAGGCAGAGUGGCCGAAUGCUCUCGUGCACACAGAGAAAAGGGUUAACUCUGUGUGUAAACAUUCAGAGCUAAGUGUUAGACCCGGUUUGAGUGACAGGUGUCUAUUAUGAAAGGGGUGAGCUCAAGUUGCACUUGGUGUUAUCUGGGUACUAGCAGGCUCAUUGUGUGUUUUUGUUUUCAUUCGCAGUUCCAGAACAACAACAACUACAUGAACAUGACCGAGGCCAACGGCGCCCUGCUCGCCGCCGGUGAUGUGAGUACACCUCAUCUUUUUUUUCUCUAUGUUGAAUUAAAAGCUUAAAUUCAACCAAUCAAAACCUGCUCUUUAAUAAGAAUUGAGUCAAUAACUUUGUUUUCUCAGUGUUAACUCUAUGGAUGUUUUAUUUGGUGUGUGUGAGAGACACUGCUCUCUGGAAAUAAUGUCUUCAUACUUCAGGAUUUGCUAUGAAAGGAAAAGUAGUUCUGCAAAGUUGGCAACAGUAAAUAUCAUAGAGUAUCAGCCCUUUAUAUGACACAAGAAAGCCCUCUAAAACACUCAAAAUGAUUAACUGCCAUUUGGGCUCCAUCUUUGUCCCAGCCAACUUUAUUUUAUUGCCUGAAAAGCUGUCUGCUCAAAUGCUACCUGUCUUGAAAACCCACAAAGACAAUAAGCUUACAGGAAAGAAGAGCUUGGCUCACCAUAUAUUGCCUCUUGGUAAGUUGUGAGAGCUGACACUGAUGUGAUCUGACUGUCCUGACUGCACACAGUAAGAUAACGUUAUAUCCAAGAAAGCGGAGAAUUUAAACACUUGUUGUCUUUCUCUUUUCAAAGAUGUAAUGAAGGAGCCCAGAAAGAUUCCAUAGCUGCGUCAGUCUGAGAGCCGCUUUAUGUGCUGGCACCGACAAAAAGUGAAAUGUCACCAGUGAUCUGAAUCUGUUGAAGCUGCUGGAGUAAAACUGUGUAUUGUACUGAUGCAUUGAAAGAAAGGAGGGGGAAAACUGUUUCUCUGGAGGUAUACACCCGCCUCCCUGAGCUAUAGAAGUCCUAACAGUGUGCUAAAUUUACCCGCUCUAUUCCCCCUCCACCCACUUCACUGCCCUGUCAUUAGAGACAAGUGCACCAAAAAUACCCAUCAUCCUCUGUGGUUCAAACGGGCCAAUCUCAUCCAGUUUAGCAGGGGAGAUUGAUCUAGCUCCAAAACCCACAGCAAAGCAUCACUACACGGCCCCAGAAUAGUGGGAUGGAUGUCAUUGUUAACCUCAUUGUUUUCAUUCAUGUCACAGGAGUGGUGGGGAUCAAAGUGUGGCAUUUGUAGGUUUUACGUGUGUGACCUUACUUUCAUUAAGAGGGUGCGUUACAGAGACAUGUUACAGAAGACGUUACAUUCAGUCCCAUGUUUAUGCUGAGUAGGCGCAUCCUCUGUAUGCCUGGGUGCUGAGGUCCACUGCAGCAAAGACCACGCCAACUCAAGCUGCUCAGAGGACGUUCAGCCCCCAACUGUGAGGGCCCUCUAUGGUAGUCAGAGAAAUGGGGGAUGGGCUGUUUUUUUUUUUUUUUGGGUGGGGGGCUUCUUGAAAACAAUAAUAGCCUGGUUCAUUAGCAUUUUAUCAAAAGGAACAACUGUUUCCAGUGUUAGGGCACAGAUGGUAUUGUGCUUUGGAGAGAGAGAGAGAAGUCUUGGAGGCUGUUUACAUGAAAAUGUAUUUGAUAGGAAACAUCAUUUUCUAUGGCUGAAAACUCACUUUUAAAAUGGGGUUAUAUAGUUGAAUAUUUGGAAACACCACCCUGUCCAUCCUCACAUUAAACUGGAGAUAGUUGAAAAACUGACGCCACAGCCUCCUAGUCAAAUACCACUUCACAAGUAGAGGAGCAAUAAUAACAGUGACGAGCAGUGUGUCUUUGAGCUACUGACUCAGCUGAGUUUAUUCACACUUCUGCUCUGCUGAAGAACUCCUCUGCACAGGUGCAUGUUAACUUGAACAGGGUUUAACAACAAAGUUAAACGCUCAACUAUUAGUCUGGUAUGUGUGCUCCAGCACACAUUUUUCAGGUUUGUAUGCAAGCAAAUUAUUUUCACCGUGUUAACAUGCUAAUACAAAUCCAAAGGGGACACUUUCCAAUGUCUGUUUGGACUUUUCUCGUCAAAACAAGGCCUUAAGUUUAACUUUUGCUUGCUAAGCCAAUGAGUGUCCAGUGUUGUUUGUUGCUAAAAUAAGACUAAAGUUAUGUUCUGAAGUUUAAAUCUGUCAUUACUGUAUUGUUAUAUCAAUACCAAGACGAUGUCUGUCUAGCUGAUAAUACAGCAUGAGAGGAAGUUUUUAUCAUGAAGGCCUUUUGAUGAACAACUAACUUUGACAGCAAGGCUAAAUUUAUGCUUCCACAUUUGGUUAGCUGUUGUUUCAGAUCAAACUAAGAUGCAUCCCUGAACUUUAAAUAUCUGAACUUCAUUUCUGUCUCUCCACUCUAAUGUAAUUCUGUCUAAAUAAAAUGCAUAUAUUAAUCUCUAAUCUUUGAAAUACAUCACUUUGACACAUUUUGACAGUUUGUCAAAGUAUGUUUGUGCAAUUUUCAAACCAUAAACCUACUCCUAAAUCCAGGCCACGCUGAGUAUGUCAAAGCAUAAGACGUCAAGUCUUAUAUAUUUAUGAUUUUUUAGUAAAAUGAAAGCUCUGUUAUUUUAAUACUCAAAAGGAAGUUUUAAUAAAGUUACACUUUAACUUGUAAUAAUACAGCGUGUAAUUUUACAAAAGCCAUUUAAGCCUUAUAUGAACCUGUUUACAUGCAGCUGCUAUGAGCACCACAAAAUUCCUAGUAAUGUAAUGCAGGUGAAUACAGGACUUGCACAAACCAGAAUGCCUCCUUGUUAGAAUGCCUCCUUGUAUUUGUUGUUUAGAUGGUCAAUGUAUCAUUUACCUUUUGCACUUAGAGGAUAAGAUAAGAUGACCUUGGUGUUCCUGGUAAAGCAUACAUCCUAGCAGAGAAAGCUUGACUGCUUUCCUCAGGGAAAAGGAUACUGUACACUGAGAUUGUAUUCCACUCAGAUGUAUCGCUUUACCUUCUCAAUCAAAUUAGAGACUUGUAAUGAUCUAUAAAUAUGUAGAAAUGGACUACAAAUGAUCCAAAUUUGAACUAAUGUUGACGAAGGGUGCCGUGGAUGAUGUUGUCAUUUGAGUAGCUGCACUCUGCCCGUCUAUAUCGUUGAAACUGGAUCCUCAAUCCUGUCUGUAUUGAUUCUGAGGCCUAUUAUAUGCAGUAAUUGCAUGCUGCUGCCUUUAACAAGUUCUAGUUAUUGCAUCUGUGAAUUGCAUUACUAAGUUUAUUGAAGGACUGGGAGUGAUGCCUAAAAUGCUUUUUCUUGCUCUUUGUCCUGGUAUUGACAGAGCACCAUGGGAGCAUAGGGCCAAACACUGGAAAAAAAAGACUGGAGGAGAAAAUUACCUCAUCCUAGUCCUUCCAAAAAUAGCAUGUGUCCCUUUUUGUUAACACAGUUUUAUCUGUCUGAUAGAGUUAAAACACUGGGAUUGUGUUUUAAAUCAAGAUAUACUGUUCAACUUAAAAAUGUGCACACGCUCCACACCAACCCCUGUAAACACUGCUGGUGACAUUGCUUUAGGAAAUAUCUUAACAAGUGAAUUUGAAUCAAUCAGGUAUUGGUAAAGCCUGCAGAAUAUGAUGGUCCAAGCUUGCCAAAGUGCAGUUUGACAGGCUUCUUUUAUCUACCACCACAAGUUUUGCAUUGACGGUUUUUUAGUAAGAUGUUUCUUUGGCUAUAAAUGGGAUUAUUUAGAAUUUCCUGACAUGUUGUAAAAACUUUGAAAAACCUUGUUUUAUCAUUACUAUGAGCCCAUUUUAGUCCAUCCAAUGUUUGGUGUAUGACUCAAUACUUGCAUCAUUAUUGUCAGCCUCAUCUGUGCUGUAAGGCACCAGCUCUGGAUGUCGAUGGCCAAUACAUCAGACCUCUCUGUAAACAAGCCCUGCUCUGCUCUGCUCUGCUCUGCCUUCAUACCACUGGACCCUGUGGCUGCCAGUGGACAGACAAGACACUUGCCCACCCUUUAAUGUGCACAUGCCCACACAUCCCAAGCCAGCAUCUGUCUUGGCACUUGGCUCUGUUGAGCCUUUCAGAACAAUUUAAAUGGAUAAUCAGGGUGGUGAUGCAAAGAAAGUGGAUUGUGCAUCUCUUAAUCUGCGAUCAGAGCCCCCUAAGCUGCUCUGGGUGUAGAAUUAGACUGGCUUUAUGUGAAAUGAUACUAGACAGUGUGCAACACUGUAACACUCUGUGGGUUCCAGUAAAAUCUGGCACUUCUUCCCCAGGGAGAGGGUCUUUUCUUCGCAGACAGCUGACAUCUUCCAUACCCCCCAAAUGAGACACAAACGCCAUGUCUCCAUUAUCAGUGCCCCUGGUGCAGAUGUUAAUUUGUAUCAUCAUUAACAAAGAGAAGCCAUGCACACAAGCACAGACUGAGAUACUGAUCUCGUGCUAGCUUCCCUCCCGCUCAGUAAUCUGUUUCUUUUUCUUUCCUCGACUUAUUCUGUAUUGUCGAAACUAAACGCCAGCAUUCCCCAAGUACAUGUCUGCAUUUUGCUUAAAGGUCAAAGUCAUGCUAGUGCUUUUCCCCCACUAAAGUGGAGCUCACCUCAGCCAACCUCCGUCUUUGGCUUCUCAAAUCUCCAGGUUAGCUCUGUAAUUCAGGCCACAAUGCAGCAGCCUAUAGGAGCCGGUGGCCUAUAUACUGUAGUUCUGCCCUGAUUUACCUUUCACAAUGUAACAUCAAAAGAAACUCACUUACUCCUGCAAAUGGUAUUCGCAUUAGAGCACGAUCAGGAGAAUGUGUUAUCGUGUCCUGCUUCAGCUCAGGUCUGUGUAAAUAUUUUCAGUAUAAAUGGCUGUACUGGAAAAAGGGAGCCUCAGACAGGGCUCUUAUUCAGUCAGAGAGAUUAUAAUAGUGUGCCAGGGCUUUCAGAUUGUUACAUGAUAUGACACAGAUGAGAAAGGGACCGUAGAUUUCAGAGCUGGUGUGGAGGUUGACCCCACUCCACUGGAGAUCUUACAAAAGAUGAAUGGAGACAGUGAUGAUGAACAAUCUCUGAUCCUUCCCAUUUUCUGUUGGAGCUUUUUGUCCGUGACUCAUAACAGUUUAGUCGCUCAGUUUUAUAAACCCUCUGUGUUUUGAUUCACAUGCUGCUGAAUAGGCAUUAUGGUGAAGUAAGUUCCAGAGGCUUUUUAAGUGGACUGAAGCAUAAUAUGACAGCAGAGGACUCAGAGGAAGUGCUUCCUACUGAAGGUUCUUGUGAUUUAUUCUGCACUCUGCGAGCCAGAGGCCAGAGCUGUGAUGAAUAUGACCUUAGCUCCUUCUGAAAGGAGAGCUGAUUCUCUAGCUGUGAAACAAGCACUGAAAAGUGAAACAGUGGUAGGGAGCAGGAGGAGAGAGAAAGGAAAGAGGGGGAAAGAAAACUCUAUUAGCUAACUCUGCCACUGGAAUUCAUCAGUGCUUGUCAAGACAGCUGCCCUGAGUAGGCAAUGAAUUAGUUUCAAGUGUCUGUGUGCUAAAGCAAGCAAGGGGAACAUUAAUACUCCCUAAUCAAGGGCUGUGUUGGCAUAUUCCCUCUGUUGUCUUCCUUCUGUUCUUCUAUCCCAAUCUGGAUACAGAAAGACGUGGCAGAUGAAGCUGAAGAAGACACGUCUGGUUAGCCUUUGUUGUAUGUUGCCGUAAUAAGAAACAUCACAUUUACAGGUUUGGGGUCAGUAGAACCUUAUAUUUGUGUGAUUCCUGCAGAAAUGGAUUAGAGUGACUCGAUGUAAGCCACAAUUUAACAGCUGUGUGAGGAACCUUUUCGACAGGAUGGGUAUAUCUCGAGGUGCGAUCCUCUGUGGGGCUCACAGUCCUGUUGAAACAUAAAUGCAGGUGUGUGGAAAGUGAAAUAACUAUGCAGGAAAUUGAAAGAUUCUUGCAAAAUUGUAGAUUUUCUCCCAUUUUUAACUACGGAUGCAUUGAUCCAGUAUUUGGAUCGGAUAUCGGCUCCGAUAUUGACAAAUUAACUGGAUUGGAUGAAUGAUGAAUGGCGCCGAUCCAGCAGUCCGAUCCAGUCUUCUUUUUUUCUAUUUUUGCGAUCAAAAAUAAAUAAUAUUAAGUAAAUUAAUAUCUGUGUUGAUUUAUUACCUUACUGUUAACAAGGCUAAUGUCAAGCCUGAUGCCUUCACUUACAGGGCAAAGUAUACAGUUCAUUCAUUCAACAGUAGUAUUGAAUCAGUAUUGGAUAUCUGCCGAUAUGCUCAGCCCAGGUAUCGGUAUCAGAUUGGAUCGGGAAAAAAAUGGAUCAUGCAUCUCUAUUUUUAACCCCCUAAGUUAGUUAUUUUGUCUCUUGCCAGUAAAAUCCAGUUUUUGAUAAAGCCACCCAAAUCCAAUUUUAAACAGUGCCUCAUAGCGACCCAAGGCAAGGACAAGAAAGGAGCAUUCGAGGUUAGCACAAGCUCAGCAUUUGUGUUUUAUAGCGUCUACUUGAUGCAUUUAUGUUUUCUGUCUGUUGAACACAUCCACUAAUACUGGAAACCUAACCUGAUUUUACCGCUUUGCCACUCUGCUUUUGUGGAGUAUGCCAAAUGCUAGCAGGUAAAAUCAUGUCACUUCUAGCAGGAGGCCCAUGCUUUGAAGGGGUUUUAGUUACUUAGCAGCAGCAGCAGCAGCAGCCAAGCCCGGCGCCUCAGACAGCAUGCUGUUUGGCCCUGUGUUCAGCUGCAUGUUUGUGGACCUGCGGUAUGGUCAUUGUGAGGACAUGAAUAUAUUGGCUUUCCAGAGAGAAGCUUAAUGCAAUGUGCAGAUGAAAACAAGACCCAAGUAGGUGAACAGUCCCAUCUCCAAGAAGGCACAUAAGCAAAUUAAGUGUGACCAAAAGCUUUAAUUCGAAAGGCAGAAGGAUUAGGCUGUUUGAUGAGCAGAUUUAAGGGUGCAGGCAAGGGGAACAAAAAGGAACACUUCUGGCCAAGCGUAAUAAUCUUUGAAAAUGUUCUUUAAACCCAUCUCCCUGUGACGUGUAUUUUCACUGCACUUCAACCCAACAUCUUCCAUCCUCAAGAUUAAGGGCUUUUAUCGUGUAUUCCUUCUCUCUCUCCCGUGAUUGCGGCUUGAUAUUUUUGCUUUUGACGUCUUCCUCUGCUCUCGCUUUAUUCUGUCUCCUUCUUCCUCAAAGUGGACUUUAAUAGGUUUAGGAAAUGUUACAUCUUAGUGCACUUACAGACAAGUGUAUUACCACUCUACUAAAACACUCCCUCUUUUAAACAAAGUUGUCUGAUUUAAUCCCUUAAGGUUUCCAUCCGGCAUGUUAGAUAAGACCCACCUCAGCAGAUGCUUCCUGGCUAUUUUGUGUUGCUUCAUUUCACGAUUUUCCUCUUUUUUCCUCCCUUUCUCACUUUCUGCAGACUUUUCAUACACCCAGCUUGGGAGACGAGGAGUUUGAGAUACCCCCCAUCACACCUCCACCCGAGACUGAGUCUGGUUUGGGUCUAUCUGACGUGGACUCACCUUACCCGGCGAUGCCAGAGCCUCCAGCUCCACACAGGGGUCCCUUAAUCCCUCAGUUCCCGCCUCAGAGCCUGGAUCUGCCCUCGAUUACCAUCUCACGCAAUAUGAUGGACCAGGAAGGGGUGUCUGUUAACAAUGGCCAACCUGUGGUGAGCACCGCUAUGUAUACAACACUAGAUAAUGAAGAAGUUUGUUUUUGGAGAGUAGAGAAAUGUUCUUCUCACAUGUCAACACUCAGAUAUGCUGCUGUGGCACCGCUCUGGUAGCUGUUCCACUGAGAAAGGCAGCUUUAAAUGUGGUUUUUUAAUGGUAUACCAAAUGUAAACUUCAUUUUUUCUACGUAAAUAUCAGUGUUGUCAUGAUACAGAAGCUAAUAUCAGUAAGGGAGCUGUUUAGAUGCUGAUACUGAUAUCAUAGUUGUUCCAAUACCAAUACUGCCAAAAAAGUUUGACUGUCAUUGAAAUGGGUCGAUACCAUAACCAAUUCAUCCAAAAAUAGUAACUGUAUUUUGUUAAAUCAUCAUUUGACAACAACCAUCAGCAGAGCUUUAUUAGCAAAGAGUGCAGCACUAGACAAAAUUAGUAAACACUGAAAAAAUAACCUCAUCUUAGUAAGUCUCAUUUCUAGUAAGAAGUGUCUGUUAGGCUUAAUUUAAGUCAUAUAACCUGAAAAAGCCAUAAAAACGUCUUAUUCUAAGACAUUUCACACUAAAACUGAGACAAACUGAGAAAAAGAAUUAUAAAUAAAUGAUAUUGAAAUAAGAGAUUUUACUUAAAACAAACAAUAUCUUCUCAUAUCUUUAAAAAAAGACUUAAAUGACACCUAACAUGACACCUUUUUAAGACAAAACUAUUGCUAAGUUUUGAGUUUUUCAGCAAUCACAUACUUCUGCAGUGUUUUCUUUCAAGUCUCUUUCCCCAGACUUGGAUACCGGCAAAAAUUCAGGUCUGCAGCUUUAGGGCAUCGCUGCUUUGAAGUAUUGUAGACCAUUGAUAAGAGAAGCAAAUAUUCCUUAAAUAAGCUCUUUUUUUUUCACUGAUCCGUAAUGUCACCUUCACAGUUUGCGUAUGGCUCCUGUUGUCAGCGCAUCUGGCGCAGCAUCUGGCCUUGUUUACAACACAGGAGGUAUAUGAUCACAUUGAGUAAAUGUCAUGAUAUUAUGUUACUUACUGUGAGGAAUUUUUUUCAAAAAAGCACACAGAGAGUGGAUGAUCCCCUCUCUGUAAGGUGAGCAAAUGUGAAAAGAUCACAGGUGUUAGGACUACAAAGCAUAUUCAGCCCCAGAAGGGCGGUGAACAUGGGACCCAAAAGUGCCACAGUUUCACAUGCUCAUAUUUAAUUCAUGCUGCCUCCACAUGCCAUUUUUUUGUGGGGCUGUAAAUGCUGAUGCAUGCUUCUGCCCAAUGUCACACGAGGUCCUCAGAGAAGACAUAUGCUGUAUUUAGCGUAAAGAUCAGCUUUGUUUUAAUGCUGUAUUACUCUGCAUCACUGUCCACAAAGGACUGGAUUUACAUAAUCCACUUUAUUUUUUAUUUUGUGUUGCACUUGGUCAAAGAAGGAAAAGACAGAGAAAUCACCAUCUUUAUGUUGAUGCUGUUUGGGCUAUAGAUUGUAAGAUUGUUGUCUUGGGGUGGGGAGACAUUUUCAAAUGCCACAAUCAUAGAAGCAUUGAGGAGGAAAAAUGGAAAUGUCACAGGCUGACUAGUUGUCUUACAGUCCUAUUACAAAAAUAUGAAAGAUUCAUUUGGGAGAGAAGAAAAGAAGGACACAGGCAUGAGCAGAAAGAAGACAGCGAUGGUGCUGAAUUUGCUUUGUGAACCAGCAGACACGUAGCAUUGAGAAGAGGUGGCAUGAUCAUUAUAACUGUGAAUAAAAAGUGUUUUAGACCCAUUGCUUCCCCCCACCUUUUCUCUAACACAUUUGUUGAAUCACACUGAUAUCGGAGAUAUUUAUUUACAUUCCAUAUGGGAAGGAGGCUGUAACAUUUUACAGCUUUUUUUUUCUUGCUCCCAUGCUUCUGGCAUGUAAAAUAAUUGCAGCUUUUAAAAGAUCUCUGCUUCAUACAGUAAGUGAGCCCCAGAAGGCUUUUGCCUAAAGAAUUUUCAUUUCAUGGUCAGUUAAGCUUUCCACAUCUGGAAGAAACGGAGCCUUGACACAAUUACAUUCCUGACUGUUCUCACGACUUGCUGGAGGAUUAGAUUUGAUUCUCAAACAUUAUUCCUCUUUAACACCAUUUGCAUGGCUCAUGUCUCUGAUUGUGCGGGGACUCUAUUAAAAUACGAGGGGAGAAUGUGGGUUUCUGCUCCUUGCCUCGUGGCAUUGUCGUCGGCACACUACUCACCGUUAUCAGUCAUCACACAUUGUGUGGCAGGAAAGGCUUGCGGUGGCCCUUCAUUUCUCCUGCAAAUGGGAUUGAUCCCCAAAAGUCUUUUGCCUAUAGAAAUCCUAUUCAUCUGUGGUUUUUAUCUUUGUCUUGAAAAAAGAACACAACUUUUAAAUGAGAUAAGUAACAGCGAGGUUUGCAGUACGCUCCAAACACAGGGACAAUGAUUUACGAAGGCCCUAAGAGGGGUGUUUUGUCAUUUUGUCAGCACACUGAUAAAGGAAUGACAACCUUAUAUACAUGAUUACAUUCUGUGUUAUUUGUUAUGGCUGCAGGGGCAAACAAAUAAACCUUGUACUAUUGCAAUUACAUUUUUCAUCAAGCCAGCAUGCUCAUAUUUCCCAAACACUCUUCUUGGUUUUUCUUUGUGUGCUCCAGCUCGCUGCUUGAGAAUAUGUAGUGUGUGUCUCUUAUCACAACUUAAUGAGAAAGCAAACCAGUGAACAUACCUGGGCUAUUUUCAAAAGCUCUUUCCAUGUCAUUGCAUUGCCAAGUGUUCUGCUAAUUCCUCUCCCCAUAAUGUUCAGCGUAUGUCUCACAAAUUGGCCACAGAUGCCAGGCUUCUACAAAGAGAAAUACAUUUUCUCAGCUGCAGUGCGCUUGGCAAGCCCUGAAUCUGAAGUCAUUAUUUAUUUAAUCUGCUCUCCUAACAAGCUUCUGACUCUCAUUUUUGUCUCCCAGCAUGUGUCCUCCUGAUUUGUGAUUGAAUCUCAAUAGUGCCAAAUAGUACUGGAGUUAGAGCUGCCUGUAUUGCUUUAUUCACAAUUUCUCUCUCGAUUUUUCUCCCCACUGCACAGCGAGGGUCUCGGGGUUCUAUUUCAAAAAACACCUGGUGCCUCCGACACAUUUUGAAGGUUUUCUUGACACAUAUAAGCAUGUACUGAAAUGUCUCCCAUGAUUGGAUCUGAAACCUACAGCAGUCAAGUAGUUUUAUUAGAUGUUAAAAUCAGUAUUUAUGAGAUAUGAGCCCUGCUGUCUUAUUACAUUUACCACCAUGUGGUGAUGCAUUAUAUAUUUUUCAUUAUCAGCCUCAUCCCAUUAGCUUUUCCAACAGCAAAGAAAUGCUAAUACCUCAUCUCUCAAGCUGGAAUAGCCAUUUGUAGCUACUUGUUUAUAGGAUUUGAUAUUUCCUGAUGUUGUGUAGAUUGCCAGUGAGUAUAAUACUUUCAGCUUUGACCGGUCAAAAACCACUGUAUCCUGAAUUAAAUGGAAAAUGUGAGCAGUGUUGCUGAAAGCAUGUUUUUCUACACUUUCCUCUUAUCUCCCUUCCAAGCCAAGAAGCACUGACAUGAGUUGUACAUCAAUUUAAGAGAGUGGAUUUUUUUUUCUCGCUCCGUUUCUUUUUUUCCUUUCUCCUUCCACAGACAGCUAUUGUGACAUAUUGGGUCAGUCAGAAAUGAAAGAUAUUCAUGCAGGCAUGCAAUACUUGUAAUGAAGUCUCAGCUUGACCUUCUGCAUGAUUGAUUCUGUAAUUUACUUUUCUCAGGCAGCACUCAAAAUGAAAUGAUGUCAUGUUGGACAAGUUUUAAAUACCCAUAAUGCAUUAGGAGAAAUGGUGGAGAGGGGUAUGGGUCAGUGGCUGUUCCAAACUGAGUUCAGGGGAAGGGGGCUACUGACCUCAUAUUCAAGGGGGGGAGAUGUGGGGUAGAGAUUUGUUUUAAUGUGGGGGUGAGAGGUUGGGAGAUAGAUAGAGUGGGUCUGCAGCAGAGACAGAGAGAGAGAGGGAGAGAGACAGAGACAGAGGAGUGUGUUUGACUGAGACAGGGCAAGGGAAAGAAAAACAAUUUAUCUUCAUGCUAUUAUAGCCUUUACUGGCAUUCAAAAUUCCAUUUUUCUCAUUUGGCUUAAGCACAGACUUCAGCAGGUUGCUGAAAAUGGAGGGAAAAAAAUAAAAUGAUGUACCCGUUUAGAAGGCAAGUAAAGGAAUAUGUGCAGCACGCUGAUAAACUAUCUUUAAUAGGACUGACCUUUCAUGCUGGCGAAAGUUACUGGGGGAUUCAUCCUUAUAAUUACCAUAUAGAUGAUUUUACCCCUCUCCUGCCAUGGAACAUUUCCAAGAGCUCUGGCAUUGAUUGAAUGGAAAUUGAACUUGUUAACAUUCUUUUCAGCCUGUUACAGCUCAGUACAUGGUGCCAAUGUUCAUACAUUCCCCCCAAAUUCUGAUUUCUAAUAUCUUUAAGAGCAGACUGGAGCCUGCUUUCAUUCACAUCACUGUGAAGAUUUUUAUCGCUCUCUGGAUGCGUAAUAUUGUGACUUGAGUCCAGCUGCUGUGUUUAUUGGCCAGGGUUUAUUGUGUGAAGGGUUUCACACAUUGUCAAUAGUGUGUUUUUUUCCCAGCCUUUGCUAGUUUUCAGAGCACUUCAUGUGGCUGUUUGUGGAGUGUUUGCUGUGUUAAGUGUGCAGGCCAAGUACCGAACAAGCAUUUAUUUUCUCUUUUUGCAGCAUAUGCUUGAUUUUGUUUCUGUGAGCCGGAUCAGAUUUCAAAAUAAAAGAAAGACAAGGAGAGAUAUUGAAAACAUAAACAUAAGAAAAGCAAGUAUUGAUUUGAACACAAAGAUGGACAACAGCACACCUACACACACACACAGACCUGGCUCAGGAGGACACAUCUGGCCACUGUACUUAAGAUAAGGACUUCCAUGCAGAUUUACGAUGACUAUCAAAAUAUCCAGUUAGACGUCUGCUGUGACUGCUGACAAUACUGCAAUCAAAAUGCAAAUGAGAAGGCACAGGGACAUAAAUAAACAUCUUAGUACCAGAUUCAUGUUCACAAUCAAGGAAACGGUUACUUAAGAUGAUUUCUUUCACCACCGUGUUAUUAGCUGUUAUCUUUUUAUUCAAAUCAGACGUGUACUAAUGCUAGCAUUUCACUGUAACUGUCACCACUCUUUCAUCUCACAUUGAAUAAAAAAUAAAAUUACCGUGACUCCGGCGAUUUCCACAAUACGUGAUAUAAAACGACAUUUAUCAGGCUGUUGAGAGUGAUAUGAUGAAAUGUUCAGCUGUGGUCAUCGGUGCAUAUUUUUCAAAAAACUGCACAACAUCCAAAGCACAUUUAAGCAGAAACCACCAGAUUUCAAACAAACAGAGGAAGGACCAUCGCACUGAGUCAAAAGUGCAUCACUGGGAUUGAGCAAAAGUGAUAUUAUACAGAUGGCCACAACUAAUGAGCUCAGUGUGUGUGUCUUUGAUGUUCGCAGUGAGCAGAGAGCAAACUGCGAGCCAUUAUGUUCCCAGUAAUGAAGAUGACAAUAGCACUUGGAACAUGGUGGGUUGCAGAUAUGUAAAUCACAGCCAUUUGGUCAUGGGCUUGUUUAUUGCAGCUUUUAUAUGAGAGAAAACUGAAAUCUCCCAUAUUUGAAGAACCACAACAAUAUGUCUUCAAUUUCUCUCCCACCCUGGCCUCACCUCUCACUGAAUCUUCCCAUCACAUGUAAAUAUAAAUCCGCUCCCACUUCAGAGAUUGUAUUUAUGAUAAGCAGGAGACAUGCUAUAUGAGAAAGAAAUGGAUUGUAGAUCCAAUAUGUUUCUGUCUGAAAUGGUGUUACAAUAUUGUUUUUGAAGAGCGGCAUUCAUAAGGUUCUUUCAAUAAAGCCAGGUGUGUGGGUUUAUGAUGUGUUGAUGUUGGGAGAGAUUGGGUUUGUGCUGCUGAAUACCAGAUGGAUGUACCCAGGGAGAACAAAUCACCUUUUCUGUUGUGUUUCUGUUCCAUGUCAGCUCUGCUGCCUCUCUGAUCAGUCUUCCCUCUGGGGAGCUGGCAGUGCUUGUAAUUUCAUUCUCUCCACAAUCAAUGCAAACAUGUUGCCUACACCUUCUCCUAGACUCUUUCCAGAACAAAAUGUUUCAGCUUGGAAAAAGGUGAAAGACAUUCGGAGAAUGAUAUUACUCUAAACUCUGGAAGGUAAAAUGAAGGGAACCUGUCCAAAGCUCUUAGGUUUUAUCCCUUCAGACAGUUGAUUUAUGGAGUCGAUUUUAUGGAAGAGAUGUUCAGAUACCAUUUUUCCCUCCUGAUACCUUUUCCAAUACCUAAACGUUGGCUGAUACUAAGUAUCCAAGGGUCAGAUCAUGAAAGAAUAAACAUUUUAUUGGCUGAUGAAUGCUGGCAGCUGAGACUUAUCUUUGAAUGACAUUACACCUCCUCUGUUGUUGUUUGUCACGGUCACACCAACACUUACCUGAAACCAGUUGAUUUUUAGGGGCCAUGUGGAUCACUGCAUUGACUGGCAUAAUGGUUGAUAUGUAAUAGCAAUAUUAUAUGCAGCAUCCAAGACCAACACCUGCAACUGUGCUAUAUAGAAGUAUUCUCCAUAUCGUGUGGUCAAAUAUAAUGUCUGGAAGGUGCCUAUUUCACAGAGUUAUAACCUCAAAAGAGCCUUUCUCUGAUGCACACAGGCUUGUAUCAGCCUCAAAGACAACUGUCAUAUAGGUUCAUGCUUACAAACUGUGACUCCAACAGUCUUUUUAUCGUAGCAUUUGAAGUUGUGUACCACACAGGGAUCUGCAUCCACUGUUGCCCUCAAGGGACCAGGCAGUCAAAGGCUGUGUCACAGAUUUCCAUACAAUAGCGUUUCGAAAUGAAUCAACUGAGCUGUGCAGCCAUCUAUUACUGGCUUAUAAAGUUGGCCUCUCUGGUGUCAAGAUAAUUUAUCAUGGUCUGUAAUUGAGACAUUUAAGACCCGGGACAUUGUGACAUGCUAUCUGCCACAUAACAAUCCACAGAACCAGUGACUGGAUUUCCUCUCUGGUGAAGAGAUAUCGUCUCAUGAGCUUUGUACACUGGGCAGUAGGGUGUCACAGUAGGGACAGAAAUAUCCUUGAGCUGGGUAAAUGAAAAGGCAGCUCAAACCUCAGAGCAUGAAAGCAGAGGGGAAAGGAUCAGUGGAAUCAUACCUUUGAUUAUUACUGACUAAUUAAACCACCUUUGAUCAAUGCUUUUACAGAAUGUUGGACCGGGCCAUCUUCGCCAGUACGCUCCCAACCCCGCCAUGGUGAUGAAGUCCAUUAUCAACAUGAACAGCCCCAAUGGGAUGAUAUCGAGGAACCAGCUCACCACCAUCAAUCAAUCCCAACUCAACGCACAGCUGAGUCUAAAUAUGGGAGGACCCAACAUCACCCACACUUCCCCAUCACCGCCUGCCAGCAAGUCGGCCACCCCAUCUCCUUCCAGCUCCAUAAACGAAGACGACCAGGAUGAAGGCAGGGUGAGAAAAGUCACGUAACUGCUUUAAAAUGCCAUUGAAAAGACUUAAGUCGGUGAAAUCCUUAUAAAAAAUCAUUACAAUUCUUGCAGGUCAUCGGGGAGAAGCGACCAGCCCCCAUAGAUCCCGCCAAGAAGCCCAAGACUCCUAAAAAGAAGAAGAAGAAGGAUCCCAAUGAGCCUCAGAAGCCAGUAUCAGCUUAUGCUCUGUUCUUCAGAGACACCCAGGCAGCUAUUAAGGGACAGAAUCCCAAUGCCACCUUUGGAGAGGUGUCUAAGAUUGUGGCCUCCAUGUGGGAUGGACUGGGAGAGGAGCAAAAGCAGGUACGGCACAGUCUGGUUAUAUAGACAUGUAAACUAGAGUAACAUAAAGUUUAAUCAGAGAUCAUGAUUCAGGUGGUCUAUGUAGUGUAUGUUGUAUCGACUGAGGUACUUAUUUCUGUUUUUUUUUUGUCCAUUUACACAUACUUCUUUGUUAUCACAGGUUUACAAAAGCAAAACAGAAGCAGCGAAGAAAGAAUAUUUAAAAGCCCUGGCUGCAUACCGUGCAAGCCUGGUUUCCAAGGUGAGUAACUGUUCCUUUCUUUUGCCUGAAAAAUGUACAAAUUUGAAGGGAAAUGAAAUUAUUUUUUCACAUUUUGUGGUGUAAUAUUUUGAUUGCUGCAGCUUAAAGCUGCACAGUUUGCCUAAAGGUAGAAGAAAUAGCAUGUUUUAGAGGUAAAACUCUGUCUUUGUUGAUAGGUCUAGACUUUAAUGUUUUGUUUUGUUUUGUUUUUGUCCAUCUAAGGCCGCAGCAGAAUCAGCUGAGGCUCAGACUAUCCGGUCAGUACAGCAGACCCUGGCCUCCACAAGCUUAUCCCCGGGUCUGGUGCUGCCUUCACCCCUCAACCAGCAUCCCUCUAUGUCAGCAGCUUCUCAGGCCCUCCAACAAGCCCUACCACGGGCCAUUGCCCCCAAACCUCUGCAAAUGAGACUGGGAGGCAGUCAGAUUGUGACCUCGGUUACAGUGUCCCACCAGAACAUGUCCCCUGGGAUGCCACCACAGAUGAUGGGCCAGAUGGGUACCGGAGGGUCCAUGGUGGCAGGUGCCCAGUCCACAGCAGUGUCUCAGAUGAGCCCACCCAUGCAACCAGUGCAGCAGCACGCCAUGCAGCAGCUUCAGCAGCAGCAGCAGAUGCAGCAGCAUCUCCAUCAGCAUCAGAUGCAGCAGCAGCAGAUGCAUCACCAGCAGAUCCAGCAACAGAUGCAGCAUCAGCAUUUUCAACACCACCUCCAGCAACAGCUGCAGCAACACCACAUGCAGCAGCAGCAACAGCAGCAGCAGCAGCAGCAACAACAACAACAACAACAACAGCAGCAGCACAUGCAAAUGCAGCACAUGCAGCUGCAGCAUCAGAUGCACCAUCAGCAGCAGAUUCAACAUCUCCAGCAGCAGCAGCAGCAGCAGCACCAGUCCCAGUGUUCCCCACCGCAGCACUCUCCUGGUACUCCCCAUUCAGUGGGAGGCUCUGCAUCACUUGGCAGCCCCCAGCCGACCCCCCAACAGCAACCCCACCCCUCCCAAAUCCAGGCACAUGCCCAGGUCCUGUCCCAGGUCAGCAUUUACUGAGCCAAAUGGAAAUCCUAUCUCAAAGAACAGGAAUAGAAUAAAAGCAUCGUACCAUGUUGCUUUUCUGAGUUGCACUUAAGAAGUGUGUAAAAUUUAGAAUGUUAUACAAAGAACUUGUCCAUUGUUAUAGACGGAUAUGCACACACCUGUACAGGGGGUUAACAUAUUAACUGGGAUUUUUUUUUCUGUCAUUGGCGUAGCUGUGAUGGAAGCCUGUUAGGAUGAGCGCCCAGUUGUUUGUUUGUUUGUUUGUUUGUUUGUGAGGUCUUUCAGUUGUCAAUUUAAAUUGACUGGGCACACAAUAUGUUGAAAGACAUGUGUCUUUUGCUGUUUUAUUUAACAAUGAAGCUUUAUUUAUGAGGCCUGAGUUUUCAGUUCAGCGCAGCAGAAGGACAUAUUGAAAAUGUUUCAACAAAAGGAUUUCUAUCAGCUCUGCCUGAACUGAAUGACUCACAGGAUCCUUGCUGGAAACCAGUAACCCACACAUCUAUCUUUGUUCCCACACUGGCCAGUAUAUCGCAAAAAUUUCUUUACUCUAACCUUUCUCUUUCACCUGUCAUCCUGGAACUGUUCGAUGGCGUGGAGGAAAUGGGUGAUCAAACGGUCACACGUCGGUGGCCCAGUGAUACAAACUCAUACCAUGUCACAAAGGCAGACUAUAUAGAAAAGAAUACGAACUGAACGGACUGAGGCGGACCUGCCAUAAAACAUUAAUGUCAUCGGAUCACAUCAUCAAACUGUCGCUGUAAUCUGCUGUACAUGUUUUAUAGAGUGGGGGAAGAGGAAACCUCCUUUAUCUCGUGAUUGACCCUCCAAAUGAUUGGUCCAAAAGCCUGCGAACCCCCCAAAAAUCUUCGUUAAUCUAUUUGUUUUUACUUCAGAUGUUUAACAAUUAAAUUAUGUUUUUAUUUUGUGUAACAAAGGGGAUAUUUUAUGGUAAAUACAAAUAUCUGGAUCAAGGCAGAUGGUUUGGGGAUUAUUUUUACUCUGCUCCUUGAUACCAUCAUUGUUUUAAAAAAGAAAACUAGCAGAGCCAGUUUGUUGCACUGCCAAAGCCAACUGAAAAGGCAUCGGAGGUAUUUUUGCCAGCUGUAUAGAAGUCCCUGAAAAAAAGAAAAUGUUGUACAUUUUUCAUAUCACCUGUUGUAAAGUUUUAAUAUGUGAGGCUUUAAUUAAAACAUUGUUAAACGACCUGUGGAUUGCUAUAUCACAUAGUGCAUUUCUGCUCUUUUAUACUUUUUUAUGAGUUACAAUAGCAGCGAUUAAUUUUGUUUGUAUUUUGCUUACAAAUCAACUGCUUUCCAAACUGUCCAUAGUAUAAAUGCAUAUCUGUAUGGAGUUCUUGAAAAGUUGUUUUCAGCUCACAAUAGGAGAAGUAAUUUAAUGUUUGAGUUUUGCUCAGCCAUGAAGACGAAUCCAGAGACAUUCCAUCACUAAUAUGAUAGUAGCCAUAAUUUUGUAUGAAGUAUUAUAUAUUUCUUUGUGUCUCUGUUCAAAAUUAAACUAUCAAUCACAAGUAUUUAUUUGGAAGAAUUGGUUUAUUUCAAAAGUUAUUUGAGCCAUAUUUUCUAUGAAGCAUUUCUUCAUGUUUCCUGUUCAGAAUGGAAAAUAAAACGGAUGAAUAUUCAUAGCACCCUUUUCCUCGUGAGAUACCAAAAGAACGUUUGUAUUUUCUUCUGUGGAGUGUUUCUUUAGAAGGAGACAUACUUUUCAGGUGAGCAUUCCUGUUGGCAUUAUUAUAGUGUGCUUUUUCUUAGUGAUCUAAAUGGAAGUCCUUUGUAACUGUGAGUAAAAACAGUGUUGAUACUGGACAAGGUCAGCAUGUAACUGGUACUUGUCUCAAUAACAGUCCCCUUCUCACACACCAGUGCACUGGAUUCUGCCUCUUUCUUACUCCCUUCAAAAUCGCUUCAUUUCCAAGACAUCCCCGGGGGUUUGCUGAGCUCCCUUGAAUAAUAUGGAGAGCGAGGGGAGGGGCGGCAGGCAAACAAUAAUUAUCAUAUCUUCACAAUAGCCUGUGAAUGCACCAGCCCAGAGAAGGGACCUUUUCUCUCUCUCUCUCUUUUUCUUAUUUUUACUCCAAAGGCAGCUGAGACAUUUUAGACAUGAAUUAAUGUUAGUUACAAAUUAGGAAAAGAAUCUGCUCUGUUCUUCUGUGAUAGCAGCGUGAUAGAAUUUUCAAAUUGCGGUUUGUUUUCAAUUAGUCCGAUUUGGGAAAGCAUUUGUAAUUUGGGCCGAGGCUGCUACAGCUCAGAAUGGAAACGCUGCCCAUUUCUCUGCUGUGAUUAAUUGCAGCAUCUGUCCUGUCAGAAGCCCGAGUGAAGAGGUCUGCAGCAAAACUCCAAAUAAGCGCUGGCAACAGUCUUAAAGUGCUUAUGAUGAAAUGAAAAUUAAAAACAGCAAGUGCCGCGCAUGACCUGAAUCUUAACGGGAGGGAGGAUGGGGGAGGAGGGGGGAGGGGGGGGGGUGAAAGCGGGUGUCCAUGGAUACCAAACACAUGCUUUAAAAACACACAGUAAUGAGGCACUGGGAAAUCGCCGUUAUUAUUCUGAACAGAUUCACAGCAGAGCCCAUUAAUAAUGCAUGGAGCUCCUUGUUAUUCCAUAACCCCUCAGUACAGCGGUCACUGUGUGUACAAAUAUCUCACAGCCAGGGUUGGAGUUAUGGGACUCUGCAAUAAAAAGGUUACAGAUAUUUUCAAAACACUGUUAUACACACAUAGACAUAAUUUACAAUGAUAAUACACUGCUGCUCAUAUUACAGGGACUGGUUUAAUUUAAAUGAUAAUAGAAUAGUAAUACUUGAUUGUUCUGCAGAGUUUUUCAGUUUUGUUGCAAGGUAAAUCUAUUUUCAGAGUGCAAUAUGAUAUGGUCAUAGAAGCAUGAAGCAAUCAAUAUCACCCAUGCUGCUUUUCAUCAUUAACUAACGCUGAUGAAAUGCAUGAAGGGCACUAUGACAUUAAUAUGUCAUUUGAGAAAUGCAAUCAUGAGGUGACCUAAUUGUCCCCCUCCUCUUCCUCCUCCUCCUCCUCCUCUCCGUGCUGAGGUCAGUUGAUCGGCACCGUGCCGACAAUGACUAAGGAGUCAGAUGUGGAAGCCGAGGGAUUCUGUAUUUUAAUUAUUUAUUUGGCUCUUUUGUUGUUUUCCCGUUCAUCGCACAAAUACAAUGUGAGCUUAACAAAAGGCCUGCUGACACUGACCAUCUGACCAUCAGACCCAUGCUGCGGCCAAUCAUACAGGCCAGAUUUUGGGAGGGCAGAUGUGGGACCAGCCCGUCUUCAAUGACCCACCCCCGCAAAAAAGAUGGCUUUUUUUUGCGUAUAAGACCCGGUCUGGGAUGCACAAACAGCUGACCGCACAAGUCCAAUGCCAAGCCCCCUUUUUUGUAGAGAGAGACUCAGCCUCCAGUCAAAUGGCUGACUACGUUUAAGGAAUUCUUGACCUUGCCAUGGUGUGAUAUGCAGAGAGAACUAUUGACCUCUGAGAUGAAUGGUGACCUGUGUUUGGGAGGCUGCAGGCUGCUCUGUUGACUGGCUGGACUGUCGACAUCCUUGAUCAAUGGUAACGUUUGUUUGGAGAACUUUUGACCUGAUGGACUAAAGUUGAGCCACAGAUUAUGCCUUCAAGCAAAGCUGAUGGUAUAUUCAAGGAGGUGAAGAAUAAACAUUAUGAUACCCUUGCUGAACCUUUCAAACUUUUCUAAAUUAUACAAGUAAAUGCUUUUAUUAUUGAUUAGAUUUGGAGUGUAGCACACUAGUUUUAACCCAAAUUGAAAAGUGCUUAUUUCUUUGAAUUAUCAGGAAAAACCUUCACAGUAAGAGCUGAAGCACAAAUGAUUACAUGAUGAUUGCACUCUCUCCCUGUCCUCUUGUCUAAGUACAUCUUAGAUGCACACAUAACAUGCAAACACGCACAUGCUCUGCACUCUAUCCAUCCAAGGAUUUCUGAGCAAUGAUGUUGCCUUGGUGAUUCACUGAUCCUGCCAUUAGCCUCAUCCCUGCCUCAUGUUCAGUUCUGUUAACUUUGCUUUAGCCGUCUUUUGACCUGUGGCAGCCUUUGCUUAAAUACAAAAUCACAACUCUGAAUCCACCUUUCUUAUUGUGGAGAGGGGAAAAAGACAUUGUUGCAAGAAAAGGUGAUCCAAUUAGAUAUUUCAAAACCCUAGGGAAGUGUUGCAGAUGUAAAUCACUACAAAUAAGAAAGCACUGGUGUCAAAGAAAAAUAAUUACAACAGCAAUUUCCUUAAGUGUCCAUUAGGGGCUGGCUUUAACUUUAACUUUAUUUCACUGCUUUGACUGUACUAAAGCGGAGUGUUAGUAUUAAUAUCUGAAGAUGAGGAUGCUGCUGAGAGAGCUGUGAACUGAGUGCUUGUCCAUGGAUUUCUUGGACUUUGAGACAUUAGGGGAUGAGCCAGGACCCCCCAUCCCAGCCCACAAAAGAGAGGUCAAAGAAAUAAAUAUAUCAAUAAUGGCCAUAGAAAGAAUGUUUGACUUGAAAUAAGGACCAAUUCCUCAUAGCACCUCAGGAGGUCAGCAGGAACAACACAGCAGCAUUGCAUUGUGGGAGAAUCUGGACUAAAUUAUGUAGCUAAGAUAAGGAAUCCAGAUAUCACACAGGAGUUAGUGUCAAGAGAGUGAAACACAUCGACUGGUUAAAUGAGUUUGAAACCUGAAAACGUUUGGACAAAAUGAAGACUAAGAUGUAAUUGUUAUUAUAUACAGCUUAACUAAACUAAACUAAAACUAGACCAAAACUAUUACAGGUAAAGAUGGCUCAAAUGUGACUAAAAAAUAAGAGACAUUUCGUUUAAAAGACUGAGACAUAUGCUGCGUUGCAGUUGUACUCGGAAAUCAGGAUUUCUGAGCUCCAAGUCGGAAAUUCAUCUGGAAUGUCUCAGACAGUUGAACGAUCCUCGCCAACCCCAACUUGACGACAACAGCAUAAUUCAGCACUUCUGUUUUGUUUUUGUGAUAUUAAGUGGUAUAAUGUCCCAAUGUCUAACUGUGAACACGGUGCUACGGUGUUUGUAAGAGUAAAAUACUGUGUUGUGCGUUGUUUAAAACUGGUAUGACUAACAACAACUAACAACAGCUGACAACCACUAACAACAGCUGACAACGGCUAACUGUGAGCGUCAAUGUUGGUUUUCCAACUUGUUAACUGGAACGCCAUCAACUUGGGUGUAACGUCAUUCCUAGCUCCCACGUCCGACUUCCAAGGUAACUGGAACGCAGCAUUAGACCAAAUCUGAAAUAGAUGCCAAAGUAAACACUGGUAAGCAGCAUGGCUUGUUAGAGCCUGAUAUGUAACAAUGACCCAAAAUGUUAUUAAAAAAUGUAAUAAAGCCUAAAAUGUAAUAAGUAGUCAAAAAUGUAACAAAAGUGUUGAGUCUGAAAUGUGAUAAAAAGAAGUGUAACAAAACCCAAACUGUAAUAACUGACCCAAAAUAAAACGAGUUGCUACAUUUUGGGCAAAAAGUUAUGACUUUUAGGGCUCAGUGUUAAAAUUACUACAUUUCAGGUUUUAUUACCUUUUUUUUUGUUAACAUUUCGUAUCAUUGUUACAUACUGGACUCUAACAUGGCUGUGUCUCCAUCAUCACCUUUUUGUCAGUUUUGAGGCCAGUGGGUAUUCUCAUGGAGACUAUGCUCAUAUUUAAUGCAGUCUAUCAAAAAAAAAAAAAUCCUUGUUCUUAUAUGGAUCAACAUUAGCAGACCAUAAUUAUUGGAUCAAUUUGGAUGUGCAAUUGCAGGAUUCAACACUUCUCAACAAAGACAGGCCCCUCUGCAAAUAUUCAACAUUAGAAAAUAAAGUAAUUGUGUCAAAACUCUUUGCCAUAUAAUUUUAAUGAGGAGCAAAAAAAAAAAGGCACAAAAUAAUUUGCACAUCCAGACUCCUUGAAUAAGAUUCCCUGCAAAUACCAGUGCCUUUUUUGAUAAAUUUGACUGUGUUCGGUGCUGUUGGGCUCAAGCUUGAAUGAGAAAAGAUAAGCGUCCACCAUCACCCUGAUGUCAACACCAGAAAGGUCACAAAAUAAACAUGAAAACCCAAAGAAAAACUGUUUAUUUGAGGAAGUCAUCAGCAUAACAAUAACAUCAGUGUGUGUAUGAGGAGCUGGUUUGUUUCAGAUUAGUACGGCCCUCUCAGUAUUUAGAGGACAAAAUGCAUCUGGAGCAUUUAUUCUCUGUUGAGUUAUAUAGUCACACACAAAAAAAAGCAGUGCAAGCUGUCAGUGAUUUGAGAAAGCUUUACUUUAUUGUGACAGAUCAUCAUGCCCCAGAGGUUGACAGAUGUCCCUGUGUCGUACGGAAAUGAUUGCAGUCUCUUUUUAUUUGGACUUGUUUUGGUUUAAGAAUGUAAAAAUCCAGCCUGCUCUCCCCCCUCCACUGCUCCUAUCCUUUUUUAUUUCAUCAGUGUUUUAUAGGCUUUGUGUUCAGCAGAGGAUCCCAACUCUAAAAUUGCCUUUUAUUGCAACUUACUUAGCCUGUUAAUAUAGGCUAUUACUGAGCCAACACGUUUCUAUAGCAACAAAACUGAUAAAGUGUACCAGGAGACCGGAGUGAUAGAUUACACGUGCACACUGUGUCACAUCCAAUUAACUCAAAGCGACUGUACACCACGUUAUGCCACGACUUGCAGGAAAAUCAAUAAAUAUGGACAGUACCCAACAAGGUUCCCCCUCUGUUUCUUUCUUUCAUCCCUGACGACGACAGCCAAGCCAAGACAGAUCAUGCCACUAGGAUGUCCCUGCUGCUACAAGAGGCAGGUGCUGUGUAGACACCAUUCAAAACUUGGCCUAUUCAGUCCAACUCCUCUAACGCUCCAUUCAUGCAUAGCAAAACACCAUCUGCUCCUGUUUUGCCCGGAGCAAUCACAGCUGACCAAAAAAAAAAGAAGGAAAAAAAAAAAAAGAAAUCCAUGAUAACAGCUGUUGCCAAACAAAAGCCAAACAAAAAGGGGGUAGGAAAAGGUUAGAAACAAGUUAGACACCAAAAAUUAGUCACUGGAGAGGGUAAAGGAAAACAUUUACUCAUGGUAGUGGUCAGGAAACGGGGUGGCAUCCAACAGGGAGGCAGGAAAGGGUUAAAUGUAAGGUGUUGAGUCUGCAGGCCUGGCACACUAAAAACAGAAAAGGAUCAGGUGAUAAUAGAUUCAAGCUGAGGAUGAUUCUUUUACUCAGUUGGUUCUCAGGGUGAAGAGCAGAGGCAAAUGAGCCAUGGAGUCUGCUCACAGAGUACAGCUGCAAUGAUGUGCAUGCAGAGGCAGGUAUACACACAAACACACACAGUUAGUCCAGCUACAUGAUUUUUUUAAUGCUGUACAAACCUGUUGUCUUUAAAGGUUAUAUACUCCGGAUUACUGCAACAGACAACUAUUUUUAUGUUUUUGUACAUCAAGUUUUGUCAGGGGUGAACGUAGGAUAAGGUUCUUUUAGGUACUGUACCUGUAGGCUUUGUACAAGGAGCACACACAAAUACAAUAAGGACAUAGUUUGAGGCCACAUAAAGUUCCUCAAAAAAUAGAG